AUCAGAAGCUGUUAUUUCACGAGCUGAGCUCAUUUUAAAGAGGGUCAUGAACACAAGGUCAGUAGCACUUGCAGAAAUUAGUAGCUUGCUCCAGUUUCUUUUUUUUCCUUUUUCCACAGCUUCCUUCUUCAGAGAGGAGAAGCAUUCUGGAAGAAGGUUUUAACUCCCAAAGCUUAUGACCCUUCUUCAUCAGGGUGAAACUUGUUCAGUGGAUAAUGAUUUGAACUGUCUAACGCUGAGUUGUGGGAGGAGGGGUAUUUCUUUCUAAGGAAGGGGGUGGAGAGAGAACUUAGCAACAUUAGAUCUGUCUUUAUUCAGCCACACACACACACCUACUCCUCUGUGUGAUAUGGGUCGGUGCUGGUUUUUGCAGGCCAGGACUUGAAUCUGGAAUUUAGCUAUCUGCUUCACUUCUGCUCCGUGUACAGUUGUGAAAGGUGCCAAACAGGUUGAGUCACUUUUUCUGCUGUGGGAGGAAUACUGAUUUCUCAGGCUGGCUUUGGAUGAUUAAGUCAGCUAAGAAGAGGCAAGAGACAAAAACUGCCAGUCUCCUCAAGUCAAGCGAGGCUCUUUUACUCCCAGGUAUGCCAAAGUAAUGAUUGCCGUCAAAGUGACUUGCAGAUGAGAAAAUCUAGAGAAUGAAGAGAGAUGCCUUUUUGAGAGAGUGUGAAGCACUGUGGGUGGGCCAACAGAGCGAUGCCUGUUCAAUGUUGGCCUGUUUAGAAAAGGGGAGUGGAGGCAGGAAUGUGUUCAGCCAUGUGUUUUACCAGAACACCUUCUGGCUUUUCUCUGGCGUGAUCAUUUUUUACUGCUUUCACAGUUAUUCUUUGCAUGCCAUUUUUAAGAUGGGGCUGAUCCCUCGGCAAUACAUCUGAAUAGGAACAUGAUGCCCUGGUGUCAACAUCUCACUUUGAGUGGAAUUUAUGGGGUCCUCUAAUUUUUAUUUUUAUAAUCACCUGUGCCAGUGUGUGAGAUGCAGCUACCUCCUUCCUGCCACACAGCAGCCAAUGGAUAUGAUUCUGCUUACUGGUACUUAUAUUCACAAAUGACUAAUGCCAAACUUUGUUUGUUUUGGGGGGUUGGAACACACCAUACAAAUCAGCUCAUGAGGCUUUGCUUCGACUUGUAGGUGGCAUGCAUUUCAUAAUACCAAAGUAGUCAGGUGCUGCAAUUGGUCUCUCCCUCUCUGUUGUUUUCUCCUUACAGGAUGGCGAUUUUCGGAUUCUAACAAUUGCAAGCGCCCUUCCUGAGCAACGUAUUUGGUCACGGCAAACAUCAUGUGGAGUUUUCUGGCUCUGCUUUGAAACUGGAUUUCUUCUUUGAAAAGGGGGGGAGAAAGAGUAUGGAUGAUUCGGCCUUCUUUGACAUGCUAGAAUGCCCAGUGUGCCUGGAGAAGCUGGACGUCUCAGCCAAAGUACUUCCCUGCCAGCACACCUUCUGCAAGCCUUGCCUCCAGAGGAUCUUGAAGUCACACAAGGAGCUUCGGUGCCCGGAAUGCCGAGCCCUGGUCCUCUGCAGCAUUGAGGAGCUUCCAGCCAACCUGCUUUUGAUCCGCUUGUUGGAUGGAAUCAGAUUUGGACCCAACAGGAUGAAGUUUGGCUCGCUACAAAGAUCUGGGGUCCUCUCCUCUCCUGCCUCCAUCAGGCGAUUCCAGGAAGAGCCAAGAGCUGUGCAACUCAAUCAAUACAGGCUGACUGCCAGUCCCAGGAUCCCUAUGGAAGGGGUAAGGAGGGUCCAUUUAUUUUACCGCUAACUUUAUCAAGCAGGACACACUUUUGUAGGCCACAUUUCAUUUCAAAGGGUCAAAUGUAUUCAGAUUGUGUAUAGAGUUGGGUGCUUUCUUCCCCAGCUAUCUCAACUGGAUUUAUGUUGCAACUCCCUUUUAAGUUUAAACUUAUUCCAGCUGGAACCAUUUCAUGUGACAAAUCCGGCUACUAGGCUUUUAGGGGAUUGCCAUCUCCAGCAGAGCUCAAAAUUGUGCUGAGACUUUUCAGGUGACAUUGCCGUACUUCUAUUUCCAAUCCAAGAUUAAACCAGGGAACGGACGAUUUAUACAUUUGGCAGAGCCAAACUACUUUCACACCUGUCGAGGACUGAGAAAGGGUUGAUUUUCACUGACCUUUUUUAAGAAAAACCCGAAGGAAUGCUUUGUCCUGUGCCAGUACAACCUGAGUAGGAAAAAAAUAUAUCUGUAAUAAGACUAGAAUCGAGUUACUAGAACUUUUAACUAGAUGUGUGACUGGGUCUGAGUAUGGGUAAAAAGUAGGUCAGCUGUGCCCUAGUUUCUAGUUUCUUCUUCCUCCUGCCUGUCGCACCAGUUCUUCUAUCCUCAAGUGCCUUUCACGAAAAGCUCAUUGUGUGAUUCCCCCCUCCCACCAUGUUUGUUUUCACAAUUAUGUGAAGGCACAAAGUGUUUGGUUUUGGGUGCUUGGCAGACUGUGAGAAUCACGUACGUAUGGCUGUGAAUGUUUCUUCAACAGUUUUGCUUGGAGAUCACUUUUUCAGGGAGUUUCUGCAGCUGGUUAGCCCUUAUGUAACUAUACUCCUUGGGAAUAAUAUGUAUCUCGAACAGCCCUACUAUAGUUCCCCUUUACCAGCGGUCAUUUAAAGUAACACUUAAGGGAAAUGCAUGCAAAGGAACUCUCAAUGGGUUGUUGCUGGGUUUGCUACAUUUCUAUCCUUUCGUUCUUCCACAGAGCUCAGAGCAAUGCCUAUGGGUCUCCCCGCUCCAUUUUAUCCCCACAACAACCCUGGGACGUAGGACAGGCUGGGGUUGCAUAUGCACCAAACUUUUAAAGCACCCCCCAAAAAUACUGGGAACUAUAGUUUACCUCUCACAGAGCUACAAUUACCCACACCCUUAGCAACCUACAGUUCCCAGGAUUCUUGGGGUAGGGGAAUGUGCUUUAAAUUUUUUUUAAAUGCAUGGUGGAUACACAGAUGGAGAGAUAAUUGCUGGUCGAAGGUCACCCAGUGAGCUUCAUAUGGCUGAAUCCUGGUCUCCCUCGUUCUAGUCUAACAUUCUUAUCACUAUGCCACAUUGGUGGGGGUUUUGUUGUUGUAACCCAGAAAAAAAAUUACAUUCAGCUAUCUUAUUCUCUUUUGAUUCUGGGUGGCAUCAUUUUAAUUCAUUAGGGCAGUAGUCCAGAUAAGCAAUCAGAACAAGUCAAAAAUGGGUGAGCGCCAUACCUGUCAAACUUGGUAUUAUCUGUAACCUAGAUCAAUCAUCGCUUGCUAGAUAGUUACCAGGCCAGCUUCACCCUUCUUGUCACAUUCACAUUGCAAAGGCACCCGCAAAAUUCAUUGUGUAAUUCUACUUUCUUCAUCAAGGGUGGAAUUGCCCACAUGGUGCUCCUGCACAAGCCCAUUGUGAUAAAUAUGACAGUGUUUGGAAGGCUGGACUCUUAACAAAGGUGAGGGAAAUGCCGUUCAGCAAGCCUAGCCACCUACAUCGUGGUUUCAUUCUAACAUACAAAUAUUUAGAACAGUUCAAGAAUGUCAGCAUCUAAUUUCUAGUGUCUAGUGUUUGGAUGCUGACAUGCUUUAGCUGUUCUGAAUCUGGAUGAUGAAAUCUUCAAAACAGCUUUCAGGUUACUAGAUUCAAGUCAGGAUGCAGCAGCCUUGCAAACACUUGCCAGCAGUGCAUGGUUCAAUAGACCCGCUGUGGCCUCCAAGACUUAAUGGCCAUGUAACAUCUGAGCAACAAGAAAUGUCUGUAUAUACAAAUGGUACAGAGAACCAAGACUGAAUGAAGGUUGCAGGAUAUUAAACAUGUGCACACAUAAAGUACAAGGGAUACAGUGGUACCUCGGAGGUCCAUUCUUAACCUGAAACUGUUCUUAACCUGAAGCACCACUUUAGCUAAUGGGGCCUCCUGUUGCUGCCUCUGUGCCGCCGGAGCAUGAUUUCUGUUCUCAUCCUGAAGCAAAGUUCUUAACCUGAAGCACUAUUUCUGGGUUAGCGGAGUCUGUAACCUGAAGCAUUUGUAACCUGAGGUACCACUGUAUUAAAAAGUGGGCCAGUUUUCAAUCCCUGUCUCCAAAGGCUGACUUUAAUGUGGCGAUCUAAAAAAAAAGCUCUGAGAACUAGUCUUGUGAAUUAGAGAGAUGCGUAGCAGUUGCUUCAAAUAGUGGAAGGGGGAAAGAGACAACACAACCAUUGAAAAGCAUGUUGCGAAAUUAUUUCUUUUGCUAAAUGGCACUGUGGAUAGCUUCAUUCCUGGGACAGAAACCAUUAGAAAUUGCAAGGUAGGGAGCAUGAGCCAGCAGACUGCAGUGUAAUGUUUGGUGGAGUUGACAGGUCUGUUCGAGUAAUUGCUUCCAGCAAGUAGAUGCAUGAAGGAGAAAGAGGAGGAGGAGGGAGGAGGAGGAGAUUGUGGUACUGAUUUGCUUUAUAGCUAUAGCCAUUGGUUCCCUUUAUGGUGUUCUGUGGAUCCCAUGCUGGGCCAAUGGAAGGAUGGAGGAACAUGUCAGAAUAAGAGUAGCAGUUCUGAGCAGCAUUUCUUCCUGGUUUGCAAGACCCCAGGCGAGGGCCAACGGGCAUAAGCAGGAGCAGCAAUCCUAUAGGUAACUAAGUGGGAGGUUCUAGGGUUUUAACAUCAGAGCGGAGGAAAAUCCAGACUGACUUCACUGCCUGCAGAUCAGCUAUUAGGAGUGGGUGCGCAGGGAUUUGCCUCACCCUCUGGUGUUCACUCAGGACCAGGGCUUAUCGCCAGUCACGUUGCCAUAUGGCUGCCACUAAUCCAAAAAUUACAGUUAUCUAAUCCACAAUGUGUCCUCUCCCAUAAUAACUCUGUGUGAACAACUUCCAAAUGUUUGGAUUAUCUGAUGAGACAUUCGGAUAAUGAAGAGUGCUCUCUGUAUAUUAAGACAUUUCAAAAUACCCUUUCAAGUCAGCCAGACCUUUUCAGUUGAUUUUAUAUGACAUCAAAAAUAAUUACAGCCAUCAGUGUUGUUCUCUAUAGCGUCAAAAGGAGCCUUGCAAGGUGUCUGCCAGUGCUCCCUAGGGUGAUUUUAGUUCCUUAUACUUGUCAGAACCUCUGCAAUAAUUUCCCUCCCAAUCUCACAGGGCUUUGAAAAAUGACCUUGUCUUGAAAUGACUAGAUAACAAAGGGAUUAUCAUUUUUUUUCAAAAGGGAAAAGUUCCUAUAAUAAGAAAGUAAUAACAUGAAGUGUAUUGAUUUCUCAUUCCAUGUCUGCAUUCUAAGUAUAUGUUACAAUGGUCCCAUGCUAAUGUUUCUCAACAAGAAGUUGUAUUUAUUAUUAUUAUUAUUAUUAUCAUCAUCAUCAUUAUUAAUUAUUUAUUGAAUUUAUAUACUGCCCGGAGGUCUCAGGGCGGUUCACAGAAAAGAUCACAAUAUAUAAAAAUCAAAAGAAAAACUAUAACCCAAUAACACCCCCCAAAAAGAGCCACAUUUAAAAAAGGUUAUAGGGUAUAGUUGUAAGAGUUCAUGAAAAAACAUGACCUCCUCCCAAGGAGAUCUUACUCUCCUACAUAUGCUGAGUAUUUCCUCUUGGUGCAUAUUUGCAUAUGUGGCUUCUAAAGAACUCUUAAAGCACCCUCUGUUAAACUUUGCCCCCUUGUUUUUUCAUCCUUGCCUGGCUCUAAACCUGCAGAAAAGCAGCCCCACCCAUGCCAAGCACAGCUUCUGCCAUUCCAAGUGAUAUUUCUUACAGCCAUCGUUUGGCAUUGUAUACAGACUCAACACAUUCCUGUGCACAGUAAAAUAUUAUGCUUCCUGGAUCUCAGCACGUCGUUCACUUACAGGCCAUAUCUGCGAGAAACAGUUUUGCACAGAGUCACGCCAGGGAAAUUGACCUCUUCACAGGUUUGGCAAUAGGGUGAAAGUGAACGAGACAAUGUUGGCAGACAUUCAAUUCACACCUUCCUGAUUCUCAGAAGGCAGCUCCCUAGAGACAGUUAAAGUCAAUCUUGUUUUAUUUUGAUUGAACAUACUGUUCAAAUCGGAACACUUUCAAAAGCCUCAAGGAACCACUAAGGCUGCAGAAGCAUCUGAUUCUUCACUAUGGGACAUAAAGUACUCUCUGUACCAUACCACCACUUAUGCCCACUUAGGCUUACUGAAAUAAAAUGAAACAAAAGCAGUUUAAGUACUAGUAUAUGCAUGUUAAGUAGUUUGCACCCUGCCCAGUAGAGAAUGCUCUCCAUUCUGCAAAGAUCUAUUUUGCAAGGAUCGGGAAGAGCGAAAAGUUGGGUCUGUGAAACCUAAAAAUAAGAGUGCUGCACCAAAUACUAUUUUUACUUUUUGAUCAGCAGUAGCGACUUCCAUGCAGUAUUUUCUUUCUGGCUACAGCAAAGAUUCAUCAUCUUUCCCCCUAACUGCUGUUUCUUUCUCUUUCCUGAAUUAGCCACAUAGAUCAUCCCAGCCAAUGACAGAUCAUAUAAUAAAUGAGAUGAUGUCAUAAUAGGAGGUAGUCAAUCAUAUAUGGUUACAUGACAUGAGGCAAGUGAAUGCAGUUGAGAACGAGAGCAAUUGAAAGCAGUAUAAAUGAAUGGAAAGCCCUCCCCCUUCUUCUUUUUUUACAAAAAAAAUAACGCUAAAAAAACUUUCAAGCAGAAAAGAAAUUUUUGGCACUCCUGAAAUGGUUCACACAAAGAAAUCUGAGAAUCAUAUUGGUUUAGCCUUAAAGGAGGGUGGUGAAGGAAUAUGUUCUUGCAUACUACAGAUACAUAAGAAGAAUUAAUUGUGGACUAUAUCAAAUAUUAAUUCAUCUUCAUUUUUGUGCAGUUUCCGUAACCUGACUUUUUCUUGAAAGUUUAGGUUAACAAAAAUAUUUGGACCCUGUCAAAAAUCUUUGAGACUUCCUUCCCAGAAUGUGAUUCUCAAAUGCUUGUCAGAGGUCACAUUAUGUAUUUUCUCAGUAUUUGGGGGAAAAUUUAUCUCACUAUUCUGCCUUGUCGUGUUGGACCACUGCUGUUCCUGUUGCCUCCAUUUCUACUGUUUCAUUUUAAAUGUCUCUUCAGUAAACAAAAAUUAAAGUUGACUUCAUGUGCUGACUUCAUCCCAUAGCAGGGGAAAACACACUAUCGAAACUUUCCAAAAGCCUGCUGAAAAAUUGACACUAAUUUGAGAAACUGCUUUAAAACAGUAAAAAUAGUGACAUGUCAGAUGCUGUUUUGUUAAUUAAUACAAUUAAUUAAUUAAUUAAUUAAUGCAAUGAUUAAAGGUGGGAUAGGGGUUCUUGGACACCAGAAGAAAUGUAAAUUGUCCAGUAUUUACAGUAGUGGUGACUUUUGAAGUUCAGGAACUUAUCAUCACAUCAUCCCCAAUUGCCAUGUUUAGAAAAACAUAAACAGUACUUAAAAUGAAGCCCAUGGUUAUGACUUUCUUAGCAUUGCUAUGCUUGAUUGGCAGCUAAGCUCCCAGGAAAUAUUAGUUUCUUCAAUUCUCUUAAAGUCAUUCAAGUUUUAGUUUAUUUUUGUAAACAAAACAGCAUGCUAGGCUCUCAUAAAGACCUGUGCUCAAACCGAAACACAUGUGAUGCAUACAGAUUUACACACAAAGCCACAAUUGAGAUCCACACAUAUAUAUUCACACACUCAUAAACACAUGCACACCAAAGAGCAGCACUAUAUUGCACAAUACCUAAUUUAUUAGGAUCAACAUGGCUGCAAUCCUAUGCAUAGCUGGUGAGCCCGGGAGCAAGCCCCUUCAAAUUCAGUGGGUGCUUACUUCUGACUGCAUCGAUUUCAACUUGUAAAACACAUUGAGAUUCAACAGACGAUUUUAAGCCACCUGUAAUGCAGCCUUUAGCUUUUAAUAAGUGUCGCUGCUUAAACUGCUUGACUGAAGCAGGAACCCCAUUAAAGAAAAGUAAAGAAGUAUCCAUUCUCUGCUUGAUCAUUUUUCUCAUCCUCUGACUGCUUCUAUGCUAAUCUGUCACAAGCUGGAAAGUCUCUUUUCACCUAAUUCACAUCCUAGAGAAAGGAUGGUCCUUCUAUCACCAAGUGCAGCAGCAGAUUAAAUCAUCACUCCUGACCUGGAAAAAGUCCCCAAGCUGCCCUCUCUUUAUUUCCCCUUCCACUACACCACUAAUACAUGCCUACACUUGAAGGAAUAUAAUGUCAUGCAGGUCCAAGACACUCCUCAUUCUAUAGGCAAAACUUGCUAAGAUAAUGACCAUUAGUAGCAAUGAUGCUAGGUAUCAAAAACAGAAAGCACACUUUCAGAAAGGCUGUAGGGUCACACUGCCAGCUUUGGGAGGUUAACAGCAACAGAGGAUGGAUAAUAAUGCAGUCAUGCCCUCUAAGGCCACUCAAUCAUUUCUGAGAAAUAUAUUGGAGCUAGUACAGAAGUUAAGAGCAUGCGCCAGAAAGUGUGUGGUUCAAAUCUCACCUACGUUAUGGUCUCAAUAAAACUGCAGUCCUAUGCCCAUUUACUAACCCUGGGACUAUGCCCCACUGAAUCAAUGGGACUUACUUCAGAGUAGAUAUGUAUUGUAAAUGGCAUAUUGAAAGCUACUGUUUCUCAGACCCAGCUGCUGCCAUGUAUCUGCACUGCAGUACAGCAGUGACAAUACUGACCUGCCUUAGACAGCUGAUGUAAAAUUAUUGAGAUCAUGUAUGCGAGGUGCUAUGAACGCAGAGAACUGUAUAACAUAAAUGAUUGUGAUGGAAAGGGAGAAAAGAACUGGGAAUUUCCCUUCCACAGACAACAACAUUGCAACUUUUUCAUUCGGAUAUGCAGUGUCAUCUGAAAAAUAUUCAGACUUUUCUGAAAGUUCUCUGUUUUGAUGCGCUGCUUUGAUCAGCGCACUCCCAUCCUGGAUGUUCAGCCAUCUCUAAAUGGGAGGCAGAGACUCUUUAAUAAUGUACAGUGGGCUGCUCAAUCAUGAGAGCGGGAGGAAUUCUGGCAUACACAAAAAUUGGGGCAAUCAUUGACUGUUACCAAAAAGAAUCAAAAAGUUUCUUUAGAUCUUUAAUGCCUAGGCAGAGAAACAAGACUUUGCUUUUUAAAAGUCUUCUAAAAAAGAAAGCCUUUCCUCCUAAAUUGCAGGGAACUCACUUUAGCUGGCCAAGAUGAACAAAGGGUUUGGAAAGAGCAGAACACAAGGGAGCUUAAAUAAUUUAAAAGAUGGUGCUUUAGACCCAUUAAAUCUAUUCUCUCCAUGUGAAAUAUAUACACUAACGUACGAAGGAAGAACCAGCCUUGAAUCAAAGGAAAGGAGGAAGAGGAAAUCCAGCACUGACAUGAAGCUAAUGACACAAAGAGAGAGAUGUUUCUGGAUGAUGCUUCCUGCACAAGAACUGCCUCCAUGGCUAUAACAGGGUACACUCCCUUUGUUUUCCUUCCACAGCCAAGGAUCUUGCCCAUUAAUUACAAAGAGCUGUUGGGGUUGUUAUGAACGUGAUCUAGGUCAAUUAACAUUGGAUCAAACUGGGCCAGUCCAAAAGAUAAAUCCCAUUGCUGUCUCAAUGAGAUGCCAAUGGUUCACCUAUAUAAAAAAAUGUUUCUUUGGAAGUCUUCUGCUGCGAGGGCCUUCCUUGCAUGCAACCUUCCCUGUGUGAGCAAGAGAAUAAUACCCUUCCCGUGCUACUGAUGAGACACAUAAAUCAUCUGCUGAGAUAAAAAUACACUCAACUCCAACGUUGCCACCUUCUCACAAACCCCUGAAUAUAUACGCUGCAAUAUUUUCUUAUCUUUCAAAGACAUCCUUUUCCCCCUCUUUUGAAGGCACAGAUGGGAUUUGCCUAACUUGUUCUUCCAAAAUUAGCCUCCAAAACUGGCCUUCACAGAUCACUUGUCUUGGAAUGUAGCUCAGUACACCACUGAUGUUUGCAUGCUAGAAAGGACAACCUGCUAUUAUUGACGUGAGAGAGAUUGCUCAACAUACAGCUCCCAAGCUAUGCAUGGUAUGCCUGUUAUGCAUGCAUUGUAGCCUCCCAGAUGCUCUGUCAACUUCCAGUUCCUAUGGCCUUUCUUACUGCAGCCAUAAAAACAAAGGGAUGUUUCAAGUACCUGAUGUGCCACAUACAGUCUGAGAGCCACACUACAAUUUUCAUACACCCCAGCCAGCACAAUCAUGUUGACCGAGGCUGGUGGGAAGAUUAAUCCAAGACAUCUGGAGGGCACCAGGUUGGCAAAAGUUAAUUUAGACUUUUGAUAGUGCUGUACUUGUUUAUUUAUUAGAUUCCUAUGCACCUUACAGGUGGCUUCCCAAAAUAGAUUUAAGAUGCCAUUUUAAGGUGCCAUGUGUUUCUUUGUUGUUUUUAUAGUAGUAGACAGUGGUGGAUAGUAGGAGGAAUACAUAGUCAAGAUGGAGAACCUGUGGCCCUCUAGAUGUUGUUGGACUCCAACUCCCAGAAGCCCCAGCCAGCAUGGGCAAUAAUCUAGGAUGAUGGAAGUUGUAGUCUGGUAACACCCAGAGGGCACCAGGAUCUCCAAUCCUGGUUUAGACUAUAUAAUUUCUAAGCAUGAAGGAAUGAGUUAUUUUCCACUCUUUGGGCCUUCAAUUCAUCCCCUGAUUAUAGAAACCAGGGAUGUCACAAUAAACCAUAGUUAUCACUAACAUGGGGAAGUCUGAAGCGGAAGGAGGGGGAGAAGGCAUGUGUUUGUGAUUAGGGUUGCUUGAUUCUAGUCACCCAGCCAUCGUUUGGUGAACAUGCCACAGAGGAAAGAGGUGUAUGGAGUAUUCUAGCAGCAGGAUGCUUUGAGAAGCUGGGCUUUGCAGAGCCCAACCCAUUAUGAAAGGGACCUUCCAGAAAAACUAAUUGCUAACUAGCAAUAUAGAUAUCAAUCAUCCAAGAAAUUAAUUGUGCUACUCUGAGAGCAGGGCAGAGGCUAUCUAGAUAAGGCUACAAAGGCAACAUCUGUCCAGAACCCUCACUCUGGACUUGUGAAACUUGCCAGAUAACUGCUCCCUUCCUUCUCUAAACCUGCUACUUAAUGGCACUGCUGAUGUCUCCCCACCCACCACCCACAGCAAUCCUGAUUGUGUUAAAGUUUCUACCACAGUGCCUUGCUGCACUAAACCUCCAAUAUUCAGUUUCUGCUGUGGUCAAAUAAUAAUAUUAUCAUCAUGCCUGAGGACGAUGCGGUGCCGUCUGAAGGAUAAAAUGCAGGAAUAAACUAGUCUCUUAUCUACUACUUUUGAGGCAACAUGCAGAGAAUAGAAGCAGCAGGAAAGAGAGGGUUACUCCCCCCCAUAUCACUUCUCCUCCCCUUCCUUAGUCUGUUUGAUUAUAAAACUAAUAGCUCUGUUUGUGCAACAUUGGAGGGUACAGAGAAUGUGUGUGGAGAGGAUGCCAGACCUCUGCAUGUUGAGCAGAACAUAUGAAUAGUGCCUGCAUAGGUGCAAGUUGUACACGUGUAGUAUUUCUGUGCAAAAUACGUAAUCUACCCCUAUACAGUUCAUGAUUGCACUUACGUAAUCUACCCCUAUACAGUUGUACAUGUGUUGGAUCCAUGCAGACCUUCCACUGGAAAUGCAGAGUCUGGGGUGGGGCCAAUAGGUGUGAAUCCAGCUCCCCAGCCCUUUCCUUCAUUCGCUGCACAUUCAGUGUAACAUGAGCAAGACUAGAGCCAGGAAUCCAUAGCAUGUUCCUCAUGGAUGCUUUGGACAUGGUUAGACAGGUUGUAAAGAUAAGAGCCAUUUUGACCAUUAUGAACUUCCCGGCAUUGCAAAAGACUGGUGGGAAAGGACACCCCCCCACACACACACUUUUUUGUUUUUCUUUUGCCAGGAAGUAUCAGUGAAAAGAACGGCACAUAACUUGCCAAGUGUUUUUUUCCUCAGCUUCAGAAUCAACACUGUGUGAUUUGCAUCGUGUCAAAGUGCAUCCUAACACUGUUUACUUUCCAUUCCCUCUGCAACCCGUUUUAGCAUGUCGCUGCUGUGUACUAUAAUUAGGAAGCAAUUUACUGAAAUGUGAAAAGCUUGACAACCUGAGGACUGAAAAAGUAGUGUGCUGAGGCAAACCAUUUGGAGGCAUCAUCUGAUGCUAAGUUUUAGCUCAGGGGAUGCUUCCAUGCGGUGGGUUUACUGUGGGAUAAACUGCUCAUCCAACAACUGCUGUUCGUUCACAAACAUUUUUCAUACCAUUUACAUGAAAUCAUCAUCUUCAAAAUGUCAGCCUAUGUUUCUUCUUCUUCUCCAUCUCCAUCUCCAUCUCCAUUAUCUCCUUCUUCCAUUUAAUCUGGACUUCCUCUUCCAAUUUUUAAUGUCUAACGUUUUACAUUUUUUAAUGAGUGGGGUAUAAAUUUUAUGGGUAGGGUAUAAAUAAGAAUAUUAUUAUUAUUAUUAUUAUUAUUAUUAUUAUUAUUAUUAAACAUCCACAGUCACUGCUAAUAAAACAGCUCUUUAGGGCAUAUUUUUGGCGGGUAGUUUGUCACAUGUUUUGGUGGGUAGCCCCUAACACUACACCCCUACUUCCAGGAGCAUACCUUAACAUUUUGUGUCAGACAACCUACAAACAAAGUAAGUGUGCCUCUUCCAGCAGCAGCAGCAUCUAACACUCACAUGAGAAUGCACCACACUGAGAGCACCCCAGGCAUCCUUUUAAUUAUGCAUUCAUGCUUAUUUCUACUCCUGAUGGUAUCUGGGCAGUUAGAUGCAAUACUGCUUCCAAUAUUGUUUGCACCUGGAAAAGUUUCAGGGUGGUCCAAUUGCUUUGUAUCCAGACAGUGCAUGUUCUAUAACUUCCUGCUGAAACCCUGUAAUUCGUUAUGCCACAACUGUUCUGGUUUAUUUUAUUUUUGUCCUGUUUUUGUUGUGCUGUAAUUGAAGAUGCAAUAAUAUUAAGGAAGCACCACGGAAUAAUUAAUAAAGCAGAAUGACAUGUUGGUGGUCCAAUAUAAAUCCACCACUAUUGCACUUUUGUUAUGUCAAUGACAUGCUUCAGGGCACGCCCACAAAACAGCACCAGACUGAAGAGGCCCGCAAUUGAUUUUGUGAGUUGACACUUACAUACCCUCCAACAUUUCUCUAAUGACAAUAGGGACAUCCUAUUCCUCCAUCAUCAUCAUCAUCAUCAUCAUCAUCAUCACCACUUUAUUAUUUAUAUCCGGCCUAUCUGAUUGGGUUGCCUCAGCCAUUCUGGGCAGCUUCCAACAUAUUAAAAAACAUAAUUAAACAUUAAACAUUAAAAAGCUUCCCUAUGCAGGGCUGCCUUCAGAUGUCUUUUAAAGGUUGUAUAGUUACUUAUCUUUUUGGCUCUGGGGUCGCAUAACUGCAUAUCCUCCAAUGUUUCUCUGAUGAACAACCGAAGGAAAAAUGGGACAUACGGGAUCAAAUCAGAAACCAGGAGGGCUUCUGUAAAUCUGGGACUGUCCCUGGAAAAUAGGGACACCUGGAGGGUCUGCACUUGGAAACUUAGGAAAACAGGAAAACGAGGCCAGAGCAAGCUGCAGAAGUGCAAAGAGAGAGAGAGAUAAAUGUUUUUAAUUAAUUUGUAACCAAGGAAAUGACUCAAACAGAAAGAAAUGGGAGAAGAUUAGCAGGUGUGUAUAUGCAGGGGGUGGGAAUUGUUUUUGUUUGUUACUAUGUUAUGCAUUUUUAUAUUGUGAAGCGCCCUGUGAUCCUCAAAUGAAGGGUGGUAUAGAAGUUUAAUCAAUCAUAAUCAUAUUCAUGAUUGACCAAUGACACUGCUGGCAGUGGCUGCCAUGAGGCAAACAUUUUCCUGUUUUCUAGAUUCUCUGUCUUAUAUUUGAAAACUCACACCUGGUAGAUAGCAGGUACUGUAACUGCACAACUAAAAUGAAGCUAUUCUCCAGAUCUGUUGUCUACUGCAGGAUAGAGGGACCAAGGCAUUUUUUAGCUUGACGACCAGUGUUGAAGAAGAAAUAGAAAGGAAUAAAACUACCUCCCACCAAGAAGAGUGAAUGGUUUGUUUGUUAAAUUUGCAUGGCACCUUUCCACCAAACGGUGGCUAACAGCAACAGGGUAUGUGUGAUAAAAUGUAAUGACGUGCCAUAAAACAGCAAAAAACAAACAUAAAAACAAGGGAAGUAAAGCAGCCAAUUCAAAAAGAUUACAGAAUAUCUACAGUACAUUGCUUCCAUGCUCAACUCUUCUUGCUGCAUAUCUUAUUUUCCUGAAUUGUUCUUUUCAACAAGCUAUGGAGCUCGCCACUCAUAAGCUGUUUUGCCAAAGGCAAGGCUGUGUGUGUUGCAAUUCAGCUUUCAGUUUGGUUUGAACCACCUGAAAACCACUCCAGUUUAUGCAACCUAGAGAUACAACUAAUAGCGCUUUUAAAAAUAUGAUCUGUUCAGUAAAAAAUCAGGUAAAAGCUAGUUAGCUUCUUCUUCUUUUUUAAGGAAACUUUCUCAGGAAAGAAGGAAGAAAUCUUCCCUGAGGAGUGAAUCCCCAGUUAAUUCAUUGCCUUGUAUACAUUCAGUGUCCUGAUACAACAAACGCAAAUCCUCCUCCAGCCAUCAAAUUAAUAAUAUGAUGAGUAGAGAGGGGGUGAUGACACAGAGGUACACAGCCUGCCUUCUUGGCUGUGUGUAUGUGUGUGAAGUGUGUGAAGUGUGCAAGUGUGAAGUGACCCCUAGAUGAUUGGGACAGGUGAACGUGGUCCUGGGCCAAAAAAGGUUAGCCAUUUAGACUAUGUUUAUAUAGCCACGGUAUCAAGGAGCUGUCAAGGCGCCAAAUCAACCACAGGGCAGGCACACACAUGGAAGGCAUGGAAUACAAUUAGCUCUUUAUUAACAGAAAAUAACGACACAGCAGAGUCCUCUGGUUUGCUUUAAUCCAGCUAAGGCAUUGCUGAAACUGACCACUAGCUCCACCCUUCCCCCUCUAGCCUUUCACUCUGGAUCCUUCCCAAGCACACAAAGGCUGUGUUGAGGGGACGAGCUCCUCCUCUGGGCCUGUUUGGUUCAUUGCUCAGCAACAUGCAGGACUCUCCUCAAUCGGGGUGUCAGGGGGGAGAUGAGCCAGCAGGACGGGGACUGUCCUGCUGCUGAGGAGGAGGGCCAACCUCUGAUUCCUCUCUGCUCUAACCCUGUCCUGGAAGACCCUUCUUCUCCUGACCCAUCUUGAUCACCAAAACUCCCUGCUUCUAGCACCCCUCACCUCAUCCCUUCUACAUCCCUUCAGUGUCCCACCACCAGGAUCCGGGAUCUAAAUCAUCAUCUUCUGUGCCCUCCCUGGGGGGCUCUUGGGCGGGCAGCUCCCACCACUCUUCCUCAUCCAGCCAGCCCCUGACAAAAGGAGGCACCUACCUAUGUGAGAUAUCUGAAUGUGCAAAUGCAAAAAUGUUAGGGCUUAUCCAUGUGUACCUUUCCUCUGCACUUUCCAGGCAUGGUCCAUGCUUUCAAGCUCUUCUUCUUCUUCCUCUUCCUCUUCUUCUUCCUCCUCCUCGAGAGCUUUCCCCAUGAAAACCCACUCUGAAUGGGAGCAAAUGUCAUUCCACUUCAAAACCCAAAUUGCCAUUUGUUGUGCUUCAGCUUUAAAGAGCAUGUUUUCACAGGUAAAUCUCUGGAGGCAAAAAUAAUAAGUGCCAUCAGACACAAACCAGGAAAGCGCAGACCUGUGCUUGGAAACAGCAGGGCAAAAGGUAAAUAUGGAUAAGCCCUUAGUUAGAGUCUCCGACUUCGUAGGCCUCCAUAGACUGACUGUAAACCUAGAUUCGUUGAAAUAAGCUCAGUAAAAGGGAUCAGCUUGACUACUUUGUGCCUCUUCUUAGCCUUCUCAUCAAUAUGAACUUUAAAUUUAAAAUCAACCAAAGGAAUACCAAAAAUAAUUGGUGCACUGCAUGAAGACACCUGCAAAAGGACCGUUUGCUUGCCGGAAGCUCUGCAGUUUUUCUAAGAGGAGAAAGGAAAGUUAAAGAAACUCCAACUGUCUUGAAUUCCCAGAAAAUAAUUAUAGGAAAAGAUUGAAAUGACAAGUUCACUUUUUGACAGUAUUGUUCUAGGUGACAAGACUGAAGUUAUCUCAAUUGCUUAAAAAGCAGAAAAACAGAACUGAAAUUAUAAUGAAGUUACCAUAAAAUGGCACCAUUCCUCCACAAUAGACAUGUGGGCGUUUUGCAAGCUGAUCACACAAACUGUGUAAAUAACAACCUCUCCUUUCAUCCUGGAAGUGCAAUCUAUGGCUUCCAAAGAACUGUUAAUGGCUGCCACGUAUGAUUGCAGAGACUGGUAAUUUUUUAUUAUUUCCUUGUCAAUUGUCUUUCUGUGAAAUGCGCCUUGCCUUUCAAGGCAAUGCACAUACCUGUCCAAUGAGAUUAACCACCAACAAGAGCAAGAGCUGGACUUGCAGGUGGUUGACCACAUGACUCCAAGUUUCAGGUGAAGCAAACCAGCCUUGUUCCCAGCACAAGCAGAUGAUGCACCAGACUCCUCUGGCUUAUACUUGGGGAAGAGAGGGACUGAAGCCCAGAAGUAGGGCACAUGUUUUGAAUACCAAAGGCAUGGCAUCCCCAGCUAAAAUGAUAAGGUAGCAGGUGGUAGCUUUUGAUGCUCCCUAUCUCUCAACCUAGCAGUUCAAAAGCACUUCAAAGUGCAAGUAGAUAAAUAGGUACCACUCCGGUGGGAAGAUAAACGGCAUUUCCGUGCACUGCUCUGGUUUCACCAGAAGUGGCUUAGUCAUGCUGGCCACAUGACCCAGAAAAACUGUCUGCGGACAAAUGCUGGCUCCCUUGGCCAGUAAAGCGAGAUGAGCGCCGCAACCCCACAGUUGUUUGUGACUGGACUUAACUGUCAGGGGCCCUUUACCUUUUUAUCUCUCAUUACAGGGACACGGGUGGCGCUGUGGUCUAAACUACUGAGCCUCUUGGGCUUGCCGAUCAGAAGGUCGGACGUUCAAAUCCCCGCGACAGGGUGAGCUCCCGUUGCUCAGUCCCAGCUCCUGCCAACCUAGCAGUUCUAAAACAUGCCAAAAGUGCAAGUAGAUAAAUAGGUACCACUCCGGCGGAAAGGUAAACGGUGUUUCCGUGCGCUGCCCUGGUUUCGGUGUUCCCUUGCACCAGAAGUGGCUUAGUCAUUCUGGCCACAUGACCCGGAAAAACUGCCUGCGGACAAAUGCCAGCUCCCUCGGCCUGUAAAGCGAGAUGAGCGUCGCAAGCCCAGAGUUGUCUGCAACAACAAAAGCAUCCCAAAUUAAACCAUUUUAUUCGCAGAGUACCUUGAAAGCAGGUGGCUUCCCUGUAUUUUUUUUUUCUUCCAUCCCUUGGGAAAAUGGAUUUUAAAAGUUACCAGUCCACACAGGACAGCUCCUCCCAUAGGACUGCAGUCAGAACUUUUCUAUAUCAAGGGGGAUUUUGUUAUCUGAGAUAUGCUGCCCUUGCAAUCUUAAGUAGCCCAGAUCAGAAUUCUCUUACCUCAAUCUGUGCCAAUACAUUGAAGAGUUAAACAUUAUAGGUUGGAUAAGCAAGGAAGUUGUGGCAUUUCCCCACUCACCAUUGUUUAUUUGGCUCCGGUUCUUUGUUCCCUUCCUUCAGAUUGCUAAGUACAGUGGUACCUUGGGUUACAGACGCUUCAGGUUACAGACUUCACUAACCCAGAAAUAGUAAGAACUUUGCUUCAGGAUAAGAACAGAAAUCGCAUGGCGGCAGUGGGAGGCCCCAUUAGCUAAAGUGGUACCUCAGGUUAAGAACAGUUUCAGGUUAAGAACGGACCUCCAGAACCAAUUAAGUUCUUAACCCGAGGUACCACUGUAUCACAAGAAGGGCCAUGUGGAUGGCAACCAUAGUUUCAGUUCUGCAUUGCAAGCAGCAACUGCCUGUAGGGUUUGUUCCCUUCAUAAACGGUUUUACAUUAAAUCGUUCUUAUGCAGCCUCUUCUUGAUGCAUUUCACUGACUCAAGGCUUUGUGGGUGAACUGUUGGAUGAUCUAGCCAAUGAGAUGCCUUUAUGUAUCAGAACCAGAAGAAUCUUUAUUUGCAUCAGCUACUAGUCACAGCAAUAACAUAAAAUAAAAUGUACUGAAGAUAGAGGUAAAAACUUAACUAUAUGGGGGGUUACAUCAAUAAUCAAAUAGUAGAUCUUAUUUCAACUGCUAACCCGCUAAAAAAAAAAACCCUUGCAGUUGUCACCUGAUCAUCUUGAUCUGCUAAAAGAAAGGACACAGUAGCAAUGGUAGAGCGACCCGGCAUGGACAACCUCACACCUCAAAUUUUUAUAAAGAGUACAAGCCAGAAGCACAUGAGCCACUGACACAAUACUGCCAUCUCCACAGGGACAUAACCAUUUUUCCAGUGGAUUUUUUUUUAAUCAACCCUCAAGUACAGCCAAAGGCAGUAUAUUCAAUCUUGCAAAAGUGAAAGCGCGCCUGUAUUUUGGAAUUGUAAAAUUUUGCAAAUAGGGUGUUCCAUGAUAUCUCUUUCUUAAUUUAGUGACCCUCCCCCCUCUUUUUUAUAUAAAUCUAAUAAUAUGAGCUGGGAAUCUUAUAAUAAAUAUAAUGUCAACAAAAGCUGCAACUAGCUCAUUAAGCAAAAUCACAGUGCACAUUUCUUCGAGCUCUGAAGAGAAGCUUUGAACAACUUUCUUCACACAAUAUGUAUUCCGCCCCCUCCUCACCCUCUAUUUUAUGCAAUGGGUAAAUCUAGCAUAUUAGAUCAUCAUCGUUGUUCAACUGAGGCCAGAAAUCUAUUUUUGUUUUCCUUGGAAAGCCUAAAACCACCAGCGAUAGAGCUGAAAGUUGAGCUGAAAUGAAUUUGUCUCCAGUGUUCCUUUCAAAAAUUCUCUUCUGCAAUUUUUUAUUCAGAUAUUCACUUGACUAAAUCUUCUCUGGUUUAUUACAACAUUUGAGCACAGUAUUUAACAUACAGUGAUAUUUGAUUUCAAUAUUAGACUUUGAUUUGAUAUGUAACAACACCUGAUAUUUGACAAGAAACAACAUUUAAUUGACUUUGACAGUUAAUAUGCACAGGACCAUGGACAUGAAAUAGUAUUUCAUAUUUGGCUGUAUUUGAUAGAAGUCAUCCAUUGUCAUUUAGCAUUGAGGAGUUGACAGCUUAGGAUAGAUCAUGUCUGACACUUGCAAAAAAUUAAAAAAUCAAGGCAUAAUAACAAGACAAACAGUGUGAUCCAAUACAUGCAGUCUCAGAAGUAAGUCCCAUCGAGUCUAAUGGGAUUUGCUUCCAGAUAAAUGAGUAUAGGAUUACAGCCUAAAGCAUUCAAAUUUUAAACUUCAGUUUAAGAUUUAAAUUUGAAAUUGUGACAGAUUUUGAAUGCUUUUGAAAUUGUUUCCAGCUGUUACCAAAAGUCAAAGACCCCUUGGUGCAGAGAACACUUGGCAUGAAAUGUUUUUUUGAAAUUACUGAGAGGCAAAUGAAUGGUUUUACUAAAUCAUGUGGGAGUCAAUUCAGUGGUUGAACUAUGCAAAGAAGUACCUUCUUUUGUCUGUGCUCCAUCUAUCAACAUUCAAUUUCAUUGAGCCAUCUUUGUUUCUAGUAUUCUGGGGGACAGGAUGGGACAGAAACUCCCCCCUAUGCCCUUUCUCCACAUCACUCACAAUUUUAUAUACCUCUGUUUUGUUCUCCUUACAACAAUACCAGUGGCUGGCAGGAAGGGGUGACAGGGUGUUAUGUACUGAGUUGAAUAGGAUCCAAAAUGCAGCAGUCUGAUUGGCCCUAGAACAAUAGGAUUCAGAAUGCAGCAGUCUGAGUGGUCCACAGGAGCCAGGUGGAAGUGAAUCUCCAACCUGAUUGGCCUAUAGGUGAAUCCCGGAAUUAGCCAAUCACGUGGGUCCCAUUGUGUAAAUAAUGUAUAUAAAGCAGACAUCCUGGGGGAACUUCCAUUCCUCCUCACCACUAUGAGCUGAAUAAAGAGCAUGAAAUCCACUCUUGACUCCAAGUAUAUUUCACAGGGCUUUGUCUCCUGGCACCAGAAUCACUGUAGCUUCCCUGUAGGGAGAGGCAGAUGGGUGAGGCAGUGGGAAGCUUGGCACAGAGCAAAUGUAACAGUGUGAGCAAUGGAUUGGCUCCAGCAGGGUACCCGCACCACGCCAACCUGCCUGCCAUCUUGCUCCUUCCCUCUUCCCCCUGGUAAACUGCAGCAAUGUUGGUACCAAGAGGCCAGGUAAGUGUCUCCAUCCCUCCACACUGGCCAUUCCUGAACUGAACCCUUGUGGGCAACAAUUUUUGGUCCACAGGAUCUGCUCCAAGCUACUGGGAUGUGAUGCACUGCUUGGGACUGAAAAAGAAAGUUUGUGGAUUCUGAACUUGGCUUCAAGAAAAGACAUAAGGGCUGUGUGUCUUUGGCUUGGGCUCUAAAGGUUAUAGCAUUCUCUCAUCCCAAAACAAACUGGGGGGGGGGAUCCUGCACUGCUACUUCUCAUUGCUCAGGAAACUGCUGAGUGCUCAUCCCAACUAGUUCCCCCUCUCCCAUCAACUUGCUUUAAAAACAGACCCAUGCAAUUAGUUCUGGAUUGGCCCUCAGUGGAGCCCAAGCAAGCAUUAUAGAGAUUUCCUUCUCAGAUAGAGAUGGCUGAACUCCCCUCAGCUCCAUUCAGAAUUGGGUCGGCAAUUCUGAGUGUCAUUGGAGAACACUAAAGGGGGAAAUCAACUAUGCUCAAGAGUUCUCUCAAGAAUCGUAAUUCUUUAUAUAAGCCAAACCACCACAAAGAUUGAAAAGCGUUCUGGAAGCUUCCCUAUAGUGGAGCUUAAGCUGAAUGGGCUAUAGUAGAAUGAGAUGUUCACUAAAAAGGUUGCUUGUUCUGUUGGUCAGCUGCAGCGGCGUAAACAAGUUUCAAGUCCAAAGUCACAUGUACCGGUACAAUUUGCUUGGCAUGGUGGCAUCAGCAUGAACAUCAUUUUUUUAAAAAACUAUAAAAUUAUUUGUUGGAUGUUCAUUAAGCAGUGUGUGCGUUCAGUUAAUAGUCAAAUGUGUGUGACCAAAUUGGUUGCUCAAAGAAAAGCUUCUGUACAUCACAUUCCCAUUAAAUAAAUGCAAAGUAGGUCAAUGUGAGCAAUUAACCAAAGUUUCAUUGAAAGUAACGAGGAAAAGUAAGAAACUCCUGCACAUACAGCAACAGCUUCUGGUGACUAUGACUACCUUGUCUCAUUAAUGCAGGCUAUGCAGGUGAAAAUAUUUAAUGGGAUUAUUUACUUAAAAUUUACAUUUUGUGCAAGAGGAAGAAUUUCAGGGCAAAGGAGGUCUCCUCAGAAUCAAUGUAGACCUUAAAAGAUGGAUAAACGUUUAUUCUAAGGCCAUUUAGCUUUAUAAUUUGUGGCAUAAAAAACAACAACACCCUCCACUUAAAGAAUGACAGCAUGUUUUAAGAAUAGGGGCAAUAUAAGAAUAGGUUGCCCACUCCUACUGUGAGGGGGUGGGGCUCUGGGGCAUUCAAAGACCCGCUGUGGCCAACUGGUUACACACUUUGUGGAUAAAGUCACGUGAUUUCAGAAUGAUCUUGAUUUUGCACGUUGCAGCUCCGGUUGAAGUAUCCAAUGCCACUAUCAAGGAUGUGUUGUGAGUUUGGUUUCAGCUUAUGCAAUCAGCUGGUGUGGACAAGGUCUGGUGGCUAUAGGUCCAACCACAUGCCCUAUUGACCCCUGUCUUUCUUGGACCUGGCUGUCUGGGUCCAGAGCAUGGGAGCCAACUCCUAGGGGCCAGCCCCCCCCCCCAAGUUGAUGGACAUUGCCAUUCAAAUGGUGUGCAUGCACCCUGUCAUGUGAUCGAUUAUGCAGGGUGGGGCUUACUUGGGCCCUCCCUAAUAUUUUUUUCAAGUCCCUCCCACCCCGGUCCAGAGUGUGGUUAAAACUUCACUGCAUAUGGGGAUGGUCUCUGCUGCUUUGAAAGAGAGCCAGCCUGUUUGUUUGCCUGCAAUAAGAAGUAAACGUUUCUUUCUUCUGCCGUCAUUAUGAGAGUAGAGCAGGAUUUGAUGCUUGUUGCUAAAGGGUGAAAUAUAAAGAGGUAACUUAAAGUGAUCUGAAAAAAAUUCUGCCCUAAGUUACCCUCUACUCUUUUAAAACACUCACUAUACUCGCAGUCAUAGUGGCUAUUUUUUCUUUUUCUUGAAUACUUGAUGGCAAAGGAUUAAAACAGCCCCAGAGGAAUAGAAACAUUGCUGUGCACAUUGCAGUUAUCUGGCUGGCUGGUGACUUAGGCUGUGACCUAAUUCCUGAUUUUCCCACUGUGUGCUGCUCAGCACGGGGCCUUUUCAGGGUUUCUGGGCAGCAAAAUCAACCCAGCGACUAGUAAAAAACAAAUAAGGUGGAAUUAUGUGUAGAUGGUCCAGUAUAAAUCCGCCACUAAUACGCUAUACACCAGGCAUAGGCAAACACGGCCCUCCAGCUGUUUUGGGACUACAACUCCCAUCAUCCCUGACCACUGGUCCUGUUAGCUAGGGAUCAUGGGUCUUGUAGUCCCAAAACAUCUGGAUGGUUGAGUUUGCCUAUACCUGCUAUACACUAAUAUAAUGACAUCUGCAACCUUCACCUACUGGUGAAGGGUGGGUAAUAAAUAUGAUGCUGAUGAUGCUGAUAGCAAAAUGUCACCAAUUUGGAGGGGCCUAAGUGCCCUCAUCUGAAAGGUAGGAUAGGAUACAAACUUCCUUUUGUUGAUGUCUGCGUAUAUGAGCAGGGAAAUAAAAUGAUCUGUAGAUACAUACAGCUCAGUUCUAGCUAUGCUUACUCAGAAGUUCCAUUGUUUUACUUACUUUAAGUAGAAUUAAGAUUAUUGCAGCCCCAGAUUUGUUGAUGUUUCACCAUGAGAGCAGAUUUAACUACUGACUUUGAUCUAGUCUACAGUAUCAAAGGUGUGUUCUUCAAGAAAAGUUUCUGCCUCUGGGACAUCCUAGAGGGAGUAUUGUAGUGAGUGGAUUUUUUUUGUCCCUGGGUGACAUGAAAUCAGCAGAUCAAAGAGCUUCUUGACAUGUGAACAUUUAACUCUGAAUGCAACAUCUGGGCGCCAGGAUUGGUUGUAGCUCCCUUUUUCCACCAGUGUAGACACAAAUCUGUGUUUGCCCUGUAUAAAGGCAGUCCUUAAAGACUGGGCAAACAGUUAAUCUAAAACUCCUUACACAGGAGAAGAUCAUAAAUCAUAGAACUGUAGAGAUGGAAGGGACCACAAGGGUCAUCUAGUCCAACCCCCUGCAAUGCAGGAAUCUUAGUACUCAAUUCUUAGUACUCAAGGCCACUUAAGUGAUUUUUUUAAACCAGAUUUUUGCACUUCCCCUUCUCUGAUAGUAAAAAUAUGAUACUAAUAAGUUAACAAUGCAAUGUUAUAAAUAUCCACUCAGCAGUAAGUUGCAUAGGUGUUCAAUGGAUCUUAUUCCCGGAUAAGCAUACCUAGGACAGCAGCCUCAGUAACUAGUAAUUGGCUACUCAUUCACAAAACCUCAAUCAGCUUCCUGAAUCAACUGCCUCAUUCUGCCUAAUGGUAGGAAUUGCUGCGUUUCAGGACAAACUUUGGGGCUGAGCCCAAACAUUCCCCAAGGAUUUUCCUCACUUCUCAUUUGAAGGAGGUGUAGGAGAAACUGGCUUGCUUCUGUGGAACAUCUCUGAGGUAACAGGCAGGACAUAAACCAUGGACGGGCAGCCUCAGCCCCCUCCCCCCGGACUACCUCAGGCCAAUACAUCCUCAGGUCACAUACCCUCUGCCCAAGACAAAUAUUUUACCAGCUCCUUGAAUUUUUUGCAUGGGUGGAAUGUGGGACUUGACAUGCUUCUUGCUUAGCUGUAUAGAUGAUCAAGAGGGAUGUGUGAGUGUGUGUGAAGACUAGCCCACUGCAGAAAGCUAAAAUGGACAUUCAUGUCUCCACCCACUUUCACUGGCAUGGGGCUUCCCAAAGGGAACAUGGCCCUUGGGCUGACAUUGGUUUCUCACCCUUGAUGUGACCAUUUCAACAAAGAAGACAAAAGCAGUGAUGCCUUGCUGUGGGUCCUUUCCAUGUUCAUGCUUGGCUAUUUACUUGCAAAGGCUGUUUGUUGACUCCUACAAGGAUGCCAGCAUUGAGGUGGAGCGGAGAGAAGAAGAACAAUCUCGAGGAGAGCAUGUCGCAGCAUAAAAAUGCGCAGCUGUGAGAGGGGUAAUGUACCUGACUGCUUCUCCGCUCCAGAUUGCCCCCGCCCAGAGGCAUUCUGUUAAGGAAGAAACGUAUGCGACAGUUUUGUUACACACAAGGCGGCAAUGAAUCGCAGGAUUCUAAUCAGCCUCAGGGAGGUUGGGGUGUCAUUGGGCUGGCAAAGGAAAUUGAAUUCUGGCUUCCUGGGAAGUUCCAAGAAGCGAUCGCUUUGCUUUCCCUCCAGCAGUUCCAUUUCUCAGAUUCUGCCACAUAAUUCUUGUAUAACUUUGUGUACAGUACAAGAAUUAUAUACAGCGGAAUCUGAGACCCAGAACUACGCUGUUCCAUUGAAAGCAGCAUAAAGCAGUGGUAGUAAUUUACUUGAAGCACCAGUGUAGGACCAGAGGAUUGUUUAAAACAUCUAAAAGUUUUUUAAAAAAACCACAACAACAACUCAGGGAAACAGUUUAGCGUGCUAUCCCUUCUUUUAAAAUACUUUGAGGUACAAAAUAACGGUUUGGAUUGGGCCCAGCAGAAACAGGGCUUCUAACUCCAUGUUAGCCAUGCAGUGCCUUGUUAUCCCAGGAAUCCUUUAAGAAGAAGUGAAAGAAGGUUUUGAUUUUUAAAACCUCCAAGGCAGUAUACAUAUAAGCUAUUGAAAACUCCUUGCCUUUGCAGCUGUAUAGUAACACAAAAGCUUUUUCACAUACCACAAUGAACACAAUGUAAAAGCUAUUCUUGUUUCAGCGAUACUCUUACAAAUAGUUGUUGUGGGUAUUUUUUUUAAUAUCCAGAUUUGAAUGAAAAAUUAAUGGAUUACAGGAUGUGUUGGAAUGUUUUUUUAAGCUCCACUGAUAUUUGUACACCUCAGACACUUAAAUGUCUGGCUGUUCCACCAUUACAUAUAAGCUCAAAUGUUACCAACAUGGCUUAAGUCUAAGGCAGGUUAAAAGAUGAAUUGGAAAUUGAACCAAAGAGGUACCAAGUUUAUAGUCCACACUGUUAGUCUCUACACCAGGGGUGGGGAACCUCAAGCCCAGGAGCCAGAUGUGGCCCCUCCAUAUUAUUAUUAUAUUAAAUUUGUAUACAGACCUCUGUAUCUGGCCUUUGGAUCCUCCACAGACCACACCCCCUCCCCAGCCACACCCACGCUCCUAAGGUAACUGAUCUUUCUCCACAUCUUCCAUGAGUGUUUUUUGUUUGGAUGGGAAUGUGCCCUUCAACUCUGACAAUGAUAGUUACUUGCCUGGGUGGAGGAUGGAGAUGGGUGUGCAAAUGUGUAUAAAAAAAACAUGCUUACAGUACAAAGGUAAGCAUUACAUGAAAUACUUCACCCAAUUUUGUCUCGUGCUCCUCAAACUUCAAGAGCGCUUCUGGGAUAUGGUUCCUAAGCAGGCUUGCACUCCAGCAACUGUUUGUUUAGGAAUUGACCAGUCAGGAAUUGUGCAGCAUAAGAUGAUCUGGUGUAAAAGCUACCGGCCUAAUGCAGAGACUGGUGCUACACUUGCACCCUGCAAUGUAUUGGCUGUGGGCAGAUUUUGUUGGUGAUUUUUGUGUCGGCGUGUAUCUAAUGGCCAACCAGGCUGUGGAUUUAAGCCAGCGCAAACAAAGCUAAAAUCAGUUUCAGAUCAACUGUCAUGGAUCACUUGCAUUCUCCCAGGCAGUUAGGUGGUAAAUAAAGACAACGCAAGACAUGCCAAGCUUUACAAUUCAUUUAACUGAUUGUGUGAACUAAGCCUUGGCUAUUAUUGCCAUGCUGCCUGACAAAAAACCAGGUACCACUUCGGAGCUUGCAUGGUUUUGCCAAGAUAAAUAUGUGCAAUGAGAAACAGAAGGUACCAAGUCCUUUCAUGCUUGGAGCAGAGAGGAGAGGGCUAUACAUUUGGGGGAAAGUCAUAGCUCAGUGGCAGAGCCCAUGCUUUGCAGGGUCCAGUGCUGAGUCCCUGGCAUCUCUGGUUGGGAAUUUGAAAGAAUCCUGCCUUAAGUUCUGCAGAGCCAAUGCCAGUCAGUGCAGAGGUGUAAAUGAUUCUGAACUAGAUGGAGACAUGGCCUGAGUUAUUAUAAGGCCACUUCCUACAUGCCUUGCAGUUUGCAGCACUCACAGUUAGUUAGUAUGGCUAAGCAAAAUUCAUUACUUUGCAACUUUCUUUAUUUAGGCAAUUUAUAAUCUUCCUUUCAAUGCAGCGAUUCCCAAGGCAGGGAACAACAAUUACAAAAUGCGAUCCAAAAGCAUCCAUCAAAUCCGCAGGUGACAUGGAUGAAGAAAACUAUGCAGUUAAUAGCACUGGCAGACUUACAAAAUCCAUCAAAUUCAAAGUUUGCUGGGCACAUUUGAUUUGGUUCUGUACAAUACGGCAUUUUUCAAGAAAUGGUAUUGUUAAAAACUGUUCUCUCAGCUUCAGUUUUGACAGGCUGUGCUGGUGCUGGAUGGUGGGAGGGCAAUUUGGAAACAGUGAAUCAUUGUGUGAGCAGUUAGUAAUAUUUAAAAGGAAGAACAGUCAGAUUUAUUUAUUUUUUAAUCACUUUGAUUAAUCUUCAUCCAUCUGCAACAAUGAAUAUUGAAUACAUAUCUUUAGGCACAGGCAAAAACAUUCCUAUUUUCCCAGGCCUUUGGCUAAUGAAAUCAUCUAUGACCUUUGAAACUGUGGGAGACUGUAUUGUUUUUAUUUGUUACUAUGUUGUGUAUUUUUGUGUUUUUAUAUUGUAAAUCACCCUGUGAUCCUUGGAUGAAGAGCAGUAUAGAAAUAGAAAUAAUAAUAAUAAUAAUAAUAUCCAUCACCCCCACCUGUCCCAGUAGUGAUACUAGUGAUAACUAUGAGAUCAACCAAACUACAGUUUCCAGUGGUGCUGGCAAACUAUUGAGAAGCACCACCAGGAGCUCAGGGACUGGAAGCCGCUAAGGUAUUACCGGUAAAUCAAAACAUUGCAUUUGCUACAGGAAAUGUUAGGUGGAAAUUAAUAGGGCCUUCUCAGUAGUGUCCCCCUCCCUGUGGAAUUCCCUCCCUUCAGAUUUCAAGGACAUAAAGAACUACACAACUUUUAGAAGACCUUUGAAGGAAGCCCUGUAUUUGGAAGAUUUUAAUGCUUGAUGUUUUACUAUGUUUUUAUAUGUGCUGUAAGCCUCCCAGAGUGGCUGGGGAAACCCAGCCAGAUGGCGGAGUAGUAAUAAUAAUAAUAAUAAUAAUAAUAAUAAUAAUAAUAAGUGAGAACUACCAUAAGGCUGCAAUCCUUUGUUUUUUUAUAUAAAAUAUUUAUUGAAAUUUUCAAAGUGUUACAACAUAAAAUAAAAGCAGAAGAAAAUACAAAAUAAAAAUAGUUAACAAAGUAGAAAAAGAAAAAAAAACAAACCCCUUCCAACCAUACAAAUACAAAUUCAAAAAUAAGAAAAAAAGACACACACACAAAAACAAAAAUACAAUUUAAGAACAUUUAAAAACAAAUUCAUUAUUCUCGAAUCCUCAACUGUCAUUACCUUCUUUCUUUGACCUCCUCCUCCUCCCUUUCUUUGUAUCCUAGUUAUUAAUUAUCCCAGCAAAUCCUUUCCAUAUUUCAUAAUAUUCUGUCAUUACAUUACCCUAAACAGUUUUAAUCUUAUCUUUCUAUAAGAAAAUAAACCUUAAAGCUUAAAACUUAAAUCUUAUCCUUACCAACUUCUCAUAACCAUAAUAUUCUUUCAUAAUUCUUUAAACAUCUUUACUAAAGCCGAGUAAUUUCAUUCCAACAUUUUUCUGACAUUCAUCAAUUUUAUAAAACAGUUCUAAUGGUAGAAAAAAGAAAUACAAACAGAUCCAAUCUUCAUCCAAUGUCCCUUCCUCCUGGUUCCGGGUUUUGUCAGUCCUUAUUAUCCCAUCGAUCUGGCCCAUUAACCUGGCAACCUUAUAUCCGAAGCCCUCAAGUCUCUUCCAUGUCCCUUUCGCAGCUCUUCUUCAUAUUUGUAACUGUAUUUUCCCUUGUCUCCUGCUCAUGGUAACUCCAGCUUGGCAAUAUUUUUAACCCUUCUCGACAGAUCAGCCCCUUUUCCAUAUUCAGCACUGAAUUCCAUAUGGUAUUUAAAAGCAUGUUUCAAAGACCCUCCAAAAUUAAGAGCCCCCACCAUCCCAAACAUCUCACGGCCCAUUGCCAGAUUUGAAAAGUCCAAACAUCCCAGCAUAGGGGUCAAUCCAGCCCCCAUUUCCAAGCCAAACCAAACUUUUUCUUUCCAAAUCUGGCUUUUUCCAAGUUCAUUUGUCAAAUCCGAAAACUCAUAUUCCUGUUGGGCCUGUUCUGUCAGGACACACUCCUGAUUUAAUUCCUGGGUGGGCUCCACAUAUUUUCCCACUGUCUGUUCAAAAUUUCCCACUGCCUGUUCAAAAUUUCUAGUCGAAGUCGUCAUCAAAUUCACCUUCUCAUGUAACUGUUCCAGUAGGGCAUUUGUUUUGUAGAAAGCACACAACAAAGCUUCUGAAUACAUUGUCCUGCAAGGUCAAAUGCCUAUUCCCACGAUUGUAAUCUGUAAACAGCUGCCGGCUCCCUGGAGUUGGUUACAGUUUCACAGUCUCCCUCUAGGGGGGAAAUUUCUAUUUGAUCUUGCAACAAAGUUUCCCUUUUUGAGAUACUUUGUCAAUAUUUGUUCCUUUGAAAUGCGAAGGGAAACAGUGGAAUCACUAUGUUUCUCUUCUUUUAGCUAUCUGUCAAAAACGUUUGUCUCUGGUCAAUGAACUUCAAACGUCAGUCCUGACACCCUGCUCCAGGAUCAGGACGGAGGAAAGUUGCUUUACUUUAAACUCACUUUAAACAGUCCAAAAAGAUCCCCUUCUUCUCCUGCUGUCGAAGGGGGGUUCCACAAUUUUAAAUGAUGAAAUCCAAUCCUUUAAAAGCGAUUUUCCGAGCUCUAGUUUAUGUUGUCUUUGCUUUAUUCUGUCUACAGAAGAACGGAAGGCUGACUUCCUGUUUAGACCUUCCCGUUCCGUACCAAAUUGAAAUAGAUUUUUAAGAUCCAAUUCCUUUCUGCUCGCAAGUCCCCAUCUAAUGUCCAGUUGUUCAAAGUCUAAGUACUCACGGGUGCUUAUUUUAGAGUCCAAAUUGUCCCAGGAAAAAGGCAGCGCUCUCCGGCAACGGCUAUGCGGCUUCGCUCCACGGAAAUAGCAGUUGACUCUCAGCACCGCGCCACUUCCCCCUCUUCACUUCGGAGCCCGUUAGUGGGUUCCUUUGCGAGUUGGGGGGGCGCUAAAGGUGCCCGCUGAGUCCCAUGGUCACAGGCUUCAUCCGCCUGUGAUUUUUGAAAGGGUCCCUGCUUCGCCGUAGCGGAGAAGACCCGUUUCCCGCGGAGCUAGUCCCUCCAGUUCAGAGGGAGUCCGCCAUUGCCGAUGGCGCCACCCCGGAAGUCCCCAAGGCUGCAAUCCUUUGCAUUCUUUCCUAGGAGUGUGGCUUGUUGACCUCAGUAGGGUAUGAGUGUGGACCUUCAGAAGUUGUUGGACUCCAAAUGUUUAAGGAAUGCCAGAGACUUCAUUAGAGUAACAGGAACUCUUUUCUUGCCUAAAAAUGACAAUGCAACAGUCUCUCCAAAAUCAUUCAUGCAGUCCCUGCCUAUGAGCAUUCGAUUUCUCCUUGUGUGGGGAGCCCUUUAUUGUAGAGCACUCUGUUUCCUUUCCAUACUUCGGGGGUUCUCUGCUGAUGGCAGCAGUAUAGUUUUGAAACCUACGGAAGGCACAAUGAGCAUAACCGUACCAUAUUGUAAUACUUGGCUUUAGCUUCCCUGCCAACUAAUGUAUACCCAAAAUAGGAUUUCUCCUCUCAAGUUGCAAAAUGUGAGAAAGGUGAGGGUUAAGCUUAAGGGCUUUGGAAAUUAACGUUGAGCUAUAAAAAGCAUAAGCCAUUUGCAUCUGCUGUCUUUGGCAUGAACAGUUAAUAUCAAUCUGUUCUCUAAAACAUGGGAGGUGGGAAGUUUGGCAUUUGUAGAGCUGACUAUAUAUUUAGUCUAUGCCACUUGGGCUCAAAAUGCCUGUUAAAGGCAUCGUGUGUGUCUUGUAUUUUAAUACAGACCUGGAAUCCACUGGUAGAGAUUGUCUUUAGACUAGAAAUGAGCAGGUUAAGCUGGGGCAGUUGCUGACCUUUGGCUCUUCAAGGUUUUCUGUUUGUAAAGAAAGAAAGGAUGUGUGCUUGGAUACUGCAGCUCAUUUAGGAUGCUUUGCUCCCAUCUGCAUCCUGGGAGUGAUUCAUUUGAACUCAGAGGCUUUCAGUCAGGAUCUUUUCCAACCUAGUGCCCUCCAGAUGUUCUGGAUUCCACCUCUCUUCAAUCCCAGCCAUCAUGGGGUGAUGGGAGCCAGAGGACCAAUGGUGUGCCACCUAAGUUUAAAAAAAAACAAACAUGACUGCUUCCAACACAUUGUCUCCCUCCUUUCUUCAUUCCCUUUUCACAGGAAAUCCAGACAACAUCAUUAUCAACUUCUUACUUUCCAGUCAUUUCUUCAUUGCUUUGCUGUCUUUGGCUUCAUGCACAUUAAACCUUCAUAUCUGAAGCACGUUCUUUCCCUCAAAGAAUUAUGGGUGCUGUACAGUGGUACCUCAGGUUACAGAUGAUUCAGGUUACAGACUCCGCUAACCCAGAAAUAGUACCUCAGGUUAAGAACUUUUUUUUUUUUUAAUAAGAUAUUUAUUGAAAUUUUCAAAGUAUUACAAAAUAAAAUAAAAGCAGUAGAAAGUACAAAAUAAAAAUAGUUAACAAAGUAGGAAAAGAAAAAAAACAAACCCCUUCCAACCAUAUGAAUACAAAUUCAAAAAUAAGAAAAAGUGACAAAAGAAAAAAUACAAAAAUACAUCACAAACAAUUAAAAACAUUUAAAAACAAAUUCAUUAUUCUCAAAUCCUCAACUGUCAUUACCUUCUUUCUUUGACCUCCUCCUCCUUCCUUUCUUUGUAUCCUAGUUAUUAAUUAUCCCAGCAAAUCCUUUCCAUAUUUCAUAAUAUUCUGUCAUUACAUUACCCUAAACUGUUUUAAUCUUAUCUUACUAUAAUAAAAUAAACCUUAAAGCUUAAAACUUAAAUCUUAUCCUUACCAAUUUCUCAUAACCAUAAUAUUCUUUCAUAAUUCUUUAAACAUCUUUACUAAAGCCAAGUAAUUUCAUUCCAACAUUUUUCUGACAUUCAUCAAUUUUAUAAAACAGUUCUAAUGGUAGAAAAAGAGAUACAAACAGAUCCAAUCUUCAUCCAACGUCCUUUCCUCCUGGUUCCGGGUUUUGUCAGUCCUUAUUAUCCCGUCGAUCUAGCCCAUUAACCUGGCAGCCUUAUAUCCGAGGCCCUCAAGUCUCUUCCAUGUCCCUUCCGCAGCUCUUCUUCAUAUUUGUAACUGUAUUUUCCCUUGUCUCCUGCUCGUGGUAACUCCAGCUUGACAAUAUUUUUAACCCUUCUCGACAGAUCAGCCCCUUUUCCAUAUUCAACACUGAAUUCCAUAUGGUAUUUAAAAGCAUGUUUCAAAGACCCUCCAAAAUUAAAAUUAAGAGCCCCCACAAUCCCAAACAUUUCACGGCCCAUUGCCAGAUUUGAAAAGUCCAAACAUCCCAGCAUAGGGGGGUCAAUCUUCAGGAUGAAGAUCUUUCUUCAGGAUGAGAACAGAAAUCACAUGGCGGCGACAGUGGGAGGCCCCAUUAGCUAAAGUGGUGCCUCAAGUUAAGAACAGUUUCAGGUUAAGAACGGACCUCCAGAAUGAAUUAAGUUCUUAACCUGAGGUACCACUGUAGUUUGUUAAGGGUUGCUGGGAAUUGUAACUCUGUGAGGGGUAGACUAUAGUGCCCAUAGUUCUUUGGGAGGAAAGAAUGUGCUUUGAAUGUGCUUUAAAGGCAUAGUGUAUAUACAGCCCAAGGCCUGAUGUGAGGCUAUUUAAAGAAAACCAAAAAGAAAACUUUCCAGCAGCAGCCAACCCAGAUGUCUCUGGGAAGAUGACAAGUUGGGUGGCAAGGACCCUUUUCCAGAUGAUUUCCCCUAGAAUUUGGUAAAUGAAAGUAGGGAUACUUGAUGGCUUUAUUUUCUUCACAUUUUUAAGUGACUUUACCUAAUUCGUGCUUCCCAGACUAUUCUUGCUCAUAGAUUGGAACACAGCUAGCCUUCAGUUUUCACACUUCUCCAGAUUUUGCAAUACAGCUCUCAGUUCCAAAAGCAUGCCAAAAUACAUAUAAAAAUGUUUUAGGAUCAAAUGUGUGCAAAAGAAUCAUAGAAUAUUUUAAGGCAGAAUGCAUAAAAAAAUACAUAUUGUGAAAAAUACAUGGAAAGUCAGUGUCAACCAAUGAAGGUCAUUGGAGGUUUUUAAGCAGAGGUUGGGUGGCCAUCUGUCAUGGAUGCUUUAGCUGAGAUUCCUGCACUGCAGGGGGCUGGACUAAAUGACCCCUGAGAUGCCUUCCAACUCUACAGUUCUAUGAUUCCAUCAUAGCCUGAUCUGUAUUAAAUAUAUAUAUAUUUAAUACAACAACAGCAGUGCAGAACAAUAUGAAAAAUGGGAAGGAAUAUAAUUUUGAAAUGAGUAGAAAUGAAAUUGGCAUAGGCUGCUAAACAGCUAAGCAGCCGCCAACAGAUAUAGCUUCCACCUCAAGUUUGAACUUAUCAUAAAGUCCAGAUAGAGAAGGACCAAUUUUUUUAAAAAAAAUUUUUGCCUAAUUAUCCUACAUUCUAAUAGCAAUCUCAAUUCUCCAGGUGCCUGACAUUGCAUAGACAGAAUGGCACUACUCAUGCACUGGUAGAAGGCAUCAUUAGACUCUGGGGAACACUUAGGUUUUCAGAAGUAUUGAAAAAAGGGGAAAACUAUCAGGGUGCACACACACACACAAAUUAACCUAUUCCAGUAAAGACUGAGCAUGUUCAGUGGGCAUGGCUAGCGGACUGAUGAAGGCGGAUUGAAAACUGAGGGAGGAGAGGAAAUGAAAAGGCAUAACUGGAAUAGCGAACAGGAAUCACUCUACACUGUAAUAUUUUCUGCUGGUCCCCACUCGUCCUCUUUAUCGCCGGAAAGCAGUGCAUUGUGGGUCGUCCUCUCCAUGCAGCUGUUCAGACUUUGUAACUAUUUUACAUUUUCACCAGCAAUUUCAGGAUAGAUUUGGAAUACACUGUGUAUGAGGUGUGUAAAGGAAGCUACAGCAUGUCCAUUUACUUUCAUGAGGUCUCUUAUGCUGCCUGGUGUUUCCACCCAACUGUAUCGUUCAAUCACUUCCUGGCACUGGGAGCAUAGCAACCUCAUUUUUCGAGUGGAUGCAGAUACCUAUGCUCCCUGCCUGAUGGGCCCAGGGAGGUCUACACUUGAAGCCGUUGUGUAGUGAUCGGCACCCUUCUCCUUAUCUUUGCUAUGCUUCUUUGGGAGGGGGCGGCGCCGCAGGAGUAGGUUGCGCAGCUGCUCUCAGAUCAUACCUGCAACAGGGACAAUGAAUCCAGUGAAGCUCUCUGGGUUUGCUCCAGCAGACUAAAUUAUCCGGUCUAUUGUAUAGUAAAUUGAAAGUUUCAGAGUGGAUAAAAUAGGAUUCAGAUCAGUAAAUUAGAUAUUGCAACUCAACAGCCAUUUUUACUUUGGAAGCUGGCAAAAAAAAAGUUGUGGUUUUUUUAAAAAGAAAAGAGGCAAACGCCUUAACUCUUCUGAUUUCAGUAAAAUCUUACCAUUUGAUUUUAUAGGGAAUAACAACAGUAACACCCUUAUGAAUUAUAAAGCGUAUUGCAGUCUGAUACACUGAAAAUCAAUGAGAUCUAAACGACUUUAACAUUCCGUGCUUUAACUGCUUUAAUGUUCUGUGUCCUAGCAUUUGUUUGUUUGUUUUGCCCCAAGCUUCCCCCCCCCCAAAAAAACCUCACUCUUUAAAGCUGAAUUGUAGCUACAAUUUGGGUUUCCCACAGAUUGACAUUUGCUCCGAUUGAGCUUUAAAGAGCGUGUUUUCGUGGGGGAAGCUCCAGGGCAAAAAUAAAUAAAUAAAGUGUUGUAAGUGCUCAUACAUGGAGGUUUAAAUCAUUGACAAUGCCUGGAAAGAGCAAGGAGAGGGGUAAGUGUGGAUAAGCCCUUAGACUGGGUUGUGUGUCAUAUAAAGACAGGCACUGUCUUUUUAUUAAUGUAUUUGAUUGUGCAACAAGAAAGUUUGAAUUUUGUUCUCAGAAUACCUUUUGUUGCACAGUCAACCUUGCUUAUGCUGUCAUCACACUGAUCUGUGAGGAUGAAAGCCGUGAUUCUCGUAAAGCAUUAUCAAAAAACAUCUGAUUCUAAUAUUUUAAAAAAACAGAGUAAGGAAAACAAAAUAGGGGGAUGCAAACAAAGCUGUUUUGUUAAACCCCAAAUUAUGAUCAGGAGUAGUGUUGCAGUUCACAAGACAAAUUUCAACUCUAUGAAAUCACUUGAGAAGGAUAGACAUUACUCAUUGGUAGAAGUCAUAUUGGACACUGAUAUGAAUCGAGAAUUGCUGCUUUUUAGGUCCUGUCAUUUUAAAGACAUGGAGAAAUGGUUUUCGUUUCCAUGACACUGGUCCUGAUCUUGAAGUCAACAUAAACUGCCCGAAAUCACUCAUGGUUCAAGAUUGUUGCAAGCUAUGUCACUUCUCUGUUUCUUUUAUUUGAAGGUUCCCCAGGCGAAAGCCUUGUACAGCUACAGAGGGCACAACCCCGGAGAACUGAGGUUCAACAAAGGUGACACCAUUAUAUUGCACCGUCAGCUGGAUGAAAACUGGUACCUAGGAGAGAUCAACGGGGUCAGUGGCGUUUUCCCAACAAACUCAGUGCAAGUUAUCAAACAGCUGCCACAGCCACUCCCCCUGUGCAGAGCACUUUAUAACUUUGAUCUGAAGUCCAGGAACAGAAAUGAAAAAACAGACUGUCUGCCAUUUCAUAAGGUAAGUCUGGUGUUCACUCGCCCAUGACAGAGAUCUCAUUUAAGCAUGCCCAGUUCAGAUGAUGACCAAUGAUUUAUUGUGGCUCUUAUCUAGUCUUUAUUAGGGAAGUAUACCUAGUGGUUCUGUGUAAGGGCACAAUAUAACAGGCAUGCUCACUCAUUCAGUUACUACUAUUAAUGCCAACAACCGUCUUGAUGACUAAGGUAUAAGUCAGUGAUCAUCAACCUUUUUAGCAAGUGUAGACAAGUUCGAUCCCAUUUGAAAUAGUGCCAUUUUAAUACAACCUUCCCUGAUGCCUUAAGAUAGUGUCUCUAGUCUGCUGAACUGGAGAAGAGGUAUCAGUGCAGCAUGAGACAGUAUCUGAAGAGACUGUUGCUCCUCAGUUAGUGCCCCACACAUCUCAGGUACCUUUGUCACUUGCUGCAUCUGUGUUACACGUUUGCUGCCCAUGGUUUAAGUAAAUCUUCCAUUUUUUUAUAAUAAAUAAUACACCCUGUGAACAUUCUGGGGCUCUCCAGAUGUUUUGGACUACAACUCCCAUCAUUUCUAACUGCUGCCUGGGACCGCUGAUGCAGUUCAAAACAUCUAGAGAGCACUAGGUUGAGGGAUGCUGAUAUACAUGGAUGUCCCAAGAACAGAUAGAUUUGGGCAUCUCCACAGAAACUUUCAUCUAAGGAUCUCAAAGCUUUGUGCUGCAACCAAUCUUUUGCAAAAUGCCACCUCAUUGAAAAAGCUUUGCAUUAUUUUAAUCAUGAAUAUAAAUGAUUAUGAGGAGUUGAAGAAGACUUCUUAUAAAAUCCAGCACUGAACAUUUAAUGAGAAAGAAAAAACCCAAUCAACUUUCCACAAAACAAAGAUUGGUGUUUGGCUAACGGAAAGGUUGAUUUAUAAAAUCUUCCUGGAACAGUCCAACACAAAAGCCCACUGGGUCUGUCUUUGUUGUGGGUCGUAUAGUGACCAAGAUGUAAAAUAAUGACUGAAUGAUGUGAGCAUAGCUCCAAAGCCCACCUUCUCUAGAAAAAUGCUCAUAUCAAAAUGCCCAUAUACUUGUAGCACCAGCAAUUCAAAUAUAACCACAACUUUCCCCACCUUCUUCCUACCACUUUACUGCUCCAUAUUUUCUUCAUUCGGCACCCCGUGACCCACAGUUCUGUGAGUCUGCAUGUUGGGUUGCCUCUGGGCACAUUUCAUGACAUGUAACAUAACUAUCAAUUGACCACAACUUUCAGUGCUGAAGAAAGAGUUUUCCAUGUAAUUACAGUUGGUUUUAUACUUGUAAACCACUUAGAAUCAUAGAAUCAUAGAGUUGGAAGAGACCACAAGGGCCAUCGAGUCCAACCCCCUGCCAAGCAGGAAACACCAUCAGAGCACUCCUGACAUAUGGUUGUCAAGCCUCUGCUUAAAGACCUCCAAAGAAGGAGACUCCACCACACUCCUUGGCAGCAAAUUCCACUGUCAAACAGCUCUUACUGUCAGGAAGUUCUUCCUAAUGUUUAGGUGGAAUCUUCUUUCUUGUAGUUUGGAUCCAUUGCUCCGUGUCCGCUUCUCUGGAGCAGCAGAAAACAACCUUUCUCCCUCCUCUAUGUGACAUCCUUUUAUAUAUUUGAACAUGGCUAUCAUAUCACCCCUUAACCUCCUCUUCUCCAGGCUAAACAUGCCCAGCUCCCUUAGCCGUUCCUCAUAAGGCAUCGUUUCCAGGCCUUUGACCACUUUGGUUGCCCUCCUCUGGACACGUUCCAGUUUGUCAGUGUCCUUCUUGAACUGUGGUGCCCAGAACUGGACACAGUACUCCAGGUGAGGUCUGACCAGAGCAGAAUACAGUGGCACUAUUACUUCCCUUGAUCUAGAUGCUAUACUCCUAUUGAUGCAGGCCCAGAAUUGCAUUGGCUUUUUAGCUGCCGUGUCACACUGUUGGCUCAUGUCAAGUUUGUGGUCAACCAAGACUCCUAGAUCCUUUUCACAUGUACUGCUCUCAAGCCAGGUGUCACCCAUCUUGUAUUUGUGCCUCUCAUUUAUUUUGCCCAAGUGCAAUACUUUACAUUUCUCCUGUUAAAGUUCAUCUUGUUUGUUUUGGCCCAGUUCUCUAAUCUGUCAAGGUCGUUUUGAAGUGUGAUCCUGUCCUCUGGGGUGUUAGCCACCCUCCCAGUUUGGUGUCAUCUGCAAAUUUGAUCAGGAUGCCCUUGAGUCCAUCAUCCAAGUCGUUGAUAAAGAUGUUGAAUAAGACCAGGCCCAAGACAGAACCCUGUGGCACCCCACUAGUCACUCUUCUCCAGGAUGAAGAGGAACCAUUGAUGAGCACCCUUUGGGUCUCGGUCAGUCAGCCAGUUACAAAUCCACUGAGUGGUAGCAUAGUCAAGACCGCAUUUUACCAGCUUCUUUACAAGAAUAUCAUGGGGCACCUUGUCAAAUGCCUUGCUGAAAUCAAGGUAGGCUACAUCCACUGCGUUCCCUUCAUCUACCAGGCUUGUAAUUCUGUCAAAAAACGAGAUCAGGUUAGUCUGACAUGACUUAUUUUUCAGAAAUCCAUGCUGACUAUUGGUGAUCACAGCAUUCCUUUCUAGGUGCUCACAGACUGUUUGCUUAAUGAUCUGCUCCAGAAUCUUCCCUGGUAUUGAUGUCAGACUGACUGAGCGGUAAUUAUUUGGGUCCUCUCUUUUCCCCUUUUUGAAAAUAGGGACAACAUUUGCCCUCCUCCAGUCUGCCGGGACUUCGCCUGUUCUCCAGGAAUUCUCAAAGAUGACUGCCAGUGGUUCUGAGAUCACAUCUGCCAGUUCUUUUAAUACUCUUGGAUGCAGUUCAUCUGGCCCUGGAGACUUGAAUACAUCUAAACUAGCCAAGUAUUCUUGUACUAUCUCCUUAGUUAUUCUGGGCUGUGUUUCUUCUGCUGAAUCAUUUGCUCCAAAUUCUUCAGGUCGGGCAUUGUUUUCUUUAUCGGAGAAGACUGAGGCAAAGAAGGCAUUGAGGAGUUCAGCCCUUUCUGUGUCCCCUGUUUGCAUUUCACCAUCUUCUCCUCUGAGUGACCCCACUGUUUCUUUGUUCUUCCUUUUGCUACGAACAUACCCAUAAAAGCCUUUUUUGUUGCUUUUAACCUCUCGAGCAAGCCUGAGUUCAUUCUGUGCUUUAGCUUUUCUGACUUUGUGUCUACACGUGCUGGCUAUUUGUUUGAAUUCCUCUUUGGUGGUUUCCCAAAACACCUUUACAAUUUCAGUGCUAUAUAAAAUUGAUAAUGACGACUCAAUUAACCCAAUGCUGUUAUAAAACAAAACAGUUCAGGACUGAGCAAGGAGAGACAAGAUGGCUAGGUACCUUGGUCAUUUCAUCCUCUAAGCACUCUGAAUAUUUUCCAUUUGCCCCACUGUUUGUAUCAAACAUUCUUUACUGUGGUCCAAACACCCACAAAAACAGUUUCGAAAACAAAAUGCAGCAGAGAUACAAGGGAAAGAUACCAAGGCAGUCACUAGGUUUUAUGAAGAAAAUGCAGAUUUCUAUUUCUUAUUACCUACGAGAGAAAUUUUGCCACAGCCAGGGCAAUAUCAUUUGACUUACCUUUUAGAAGAUACUUGACAUGGAAAGUUUCAGAGUUUCCAGGUUAAUUAACAAAUAAGGGUUUAAUUAAUUGAUUCCUGGUUUGUUUAUACACCCCACAGUGUAGAAAGAUAUGCUUCUUACAACCGACAGCCUAAGAACAUAAACAGAGUCUAUUCUGAUAGGGUAUGCCGGUCAGUCUGCCGUUUAGAACUUCAGAUGGAAGUAUAUUUAAUCUGGCUUUGGCAAACAGUCAACAAUAAUAGGGUACUGACAGAUUCAUAAGAUACAAGGGUAAUUGAAAAUCAUGCCCAUAUUGAAUUCCAGACACAAACGGUUCGCAAGUUGCAUGGAUUGAGAGUGUAGAUGCAAUAUCCCAUAACCUCUGCCUCAAGGAUUUAAGGCAAUAUCAUAACCCAGAUGAUGUAAAAAGGAUGAUGAAACUCCAAUCGAGGAGACUUUUUGGGCCAUAGUUUUCAACCAUGAGCUGAUAGACUCCUCCCUGGUUAAAUGUAAAAGUAAUCCCUUCCCCAGGCCAAAUUCGGAAAUCUUUAACCAGUAUUUCAGAGCAGCCCACCAUGCUUUGGUGGAAAGCAGAAAGUAUGAUUAAUAGGACUGCCAUUAGUUUUUCCUAAGCAUAUGCCCCUCAGCAUCUGAGGAUGAGAAGAGGAACACUUUGCAGUGUGUAAAGGAGCAACUGGCUCACAGUAUAACACAGAGCAAGCUUCACAUUUCGAGUCUAUGGCCAUGCUGUGGGAAAUUGAAUGAUGAGGCCGAGUUACACUUUAAGGAUCUUUCCCACACAGCCCUGAGAUUAGGGGUAGCUUGAAGGGGAGCUGCAGGAGGAUGGCUCAGAUAUCGAACAGCCAGUUGUUAUCACAGCCUGGGAUGAGGAGGAACCAGCUGUGAGCGCCAGUUUUCACUGCAGCAUCUGCUGCUGCUCAUUUCGACAGUAUCAACACUUUUAAAAGUGGCUUUCCACAUCACUGACAACAACACAGGGGACACAGAAAAGGGACAAUUUCUUUUGCUAGCUGCAGACAUUGUCUCCAUUUCAUGCCAUCUGGAUGUGCUGUGAUUUGUUCCUUUUGCUAUUUUUUCUUCUUCCUUUAUUUGUCUUUUGUUUCGGUGGUUACUCAUUCUGUUUAUUUGCUGCUGGAGACAGAGCUCAUCUCCACCUCUGUGGCAUGGUUAGAAUGCUGGGAUUUACUGUUUCACAUUUCAGCAAGGGGAGAAGAAUUUAUUAACAGACCCGUGGCUGGCAACGUGAGAUCAACUUUGCAACUUACAAGGAGGGGAUGUUCAACUCUUGCUUCUCCAUUUUGAAAACUUCCGGCACAAAAAAGGCUGUGCCCUUAUUAUCUCUUGCCAUGCUUAAGCAAGCCGAGUGAAUUGUAGCAAGGUGCAAUUCAUAAUUUUCAAGUUUUCAAGUGCUGUGCUUAAGACUGGCCUUCCUACGAGGGGUCCAAGAAAUAUAAGGUUCUGUGAAGUUACAUGAGUCAGGGUUACAUGUUGGCUGUGGUUGUGCUUAACCCGGCUUCCAAGCACCCUUUCAAAACAGCAGUAGAGACAGAUGUUCUUUCCUCACUCAAGCAUAUAUAGAGUCCACAAAAUCCAUUUAAUGUGUUUGCCAUCAGCAUCCUGUUGCCAUCAUUUGAGCAUCAAAUGUGCUCAUCCUGGGCAGAAUUGUAUUCUGAUUUAAAGACCAUUUGGGCUUCUUUAUGGUCCUUGAAUUCAUUGUGAACCCAGCUUUCAUCCUGUCACCUUGGCCUGCGCUUAAUGGAUUUCUGAGAGCCCCCGCCCUGUAUGAUUAUUUUUUUUAAGUAAUGGGAGUUUCACAGUUUAUGGCAUGACAUAAUAUUCAAAGGAGGAGGGUUUUUUUAAAAAAAAUAAUCCACUAGGUAGAUCAGGCAUAGGCAAACUCGGCCCUCCAGAUGUCUUGGGACUACAAUUCCCAUUAUCCCUGACCACUGGUCCUGUUAGCUAGGGAUGAUGGGAGUUGUAGUCCCCAAACAGCUGGAGGGCCGAGUUUGCCUAUGCCAGAGGUAGAUUUUACACAGGUCACUUCCUCCUGUGCAUCCCUCCCCUAUUCUAAUUUCAUCCCAGAAGUCCUGCUGCGAAUGUCUCAUCCUUUUCUAAAGUGUGACAAUAAGAUACAGAGCCUUUUGGGUUGUGAUACCCAAUAUAUGCAACUCUAUACAUAGAGAAGCCCACCUUACAGGUUCUCUCUUCAUCCAUGAAAGAGCUUGAUGAAACAAAUCUUUACCAGAGGGCGUGUACUCUUUCAGAGUCAAUGAGAGAUUGGAUGGGAUGUUUGUUGUUAUUAUUUAAAUGAUUUAGUUGCAUGUUACCUGAAAAGUCCCCAAGUGACUUACAUUUAAAAGCAUAAACAUAAAUACAUUAUACCAAAAUUUAAAUUCAUAUAAAACAUUAACAUUUUUAUACAACAUACCAAAAGCAACACACACCCAGAACAGCCAUGGGAAGCAAGGGCAGCACACUAACAAUAGAACAGAAUCAGCUUUGUCAAUCAAAGGGGAUGAGGGCGCAGAUUUGCCUCCCACAUUGCAGGGACGCAUCACAUGGUGUGUCACAUGACACAUCAUGUGAUGGGUCUUGCCCCCACCUAGCAUGCGAGCGCUCAUGAACCAGGUGGGGAAUGGGGGGCACAGAUCUGAGCUCCGUGCUCGGCCUCCUCCUCCCCGUGUGACAUUGGUGGGGAGGAGGAGGCAGAGCAGGGCCACAGGAUUUGGGGAGAGCCCAGCCCCCUCCUUGGAAAAUGGGGGGGGGGCGCGAAGACCCCUCAGCCCCCACCACUUGCUGUGCCUGAAAGAGAGAAAGAUAGGUCUCUCCCUGAUGCUGAACGGAUGUCUGUGAGGGUGUUGGGUGCACUUCACUGGGGAGAGCAUUCCACAGAUGAGGAGCAGCAACUGAAACGCCCCUUCCCCUUGUCAUCACCGUCAGAACUUCCCUCAGAGGAGGGACCUGGAGAAGGGUCUCCAAUGAAGUUCUAAGGGUCUGGGUAGGUGCAAAUCAGGAGUUCCUGAGCUGUAAAGAGCUUUAAAGGUCAAAACCAUCACUUUGAAUUGGAAUCAUAUGAGUAACCAUGUGGAGGGGGGACGUUACUCAUCUUGUUUUUAAAACUACUGUUCUACACAUUGUUAUUGUGAGCUGCUUCGAGCAAUAGUCUAGAAGGCAUUCCAGGGCAAUCUAGGGCAAGGGUUGACAUUGUUGGUGACCUGUCAGGACUCACAUACCAGAGUCAGCCCACUGCUAAUCUCCAGAGCUAACUGCUCCUCCUAGGAUAAUAUUGGUCUCCAAACUGGAGGGACGAAAUAAUAAAUAAUAGUUAUGCUUUUAUUUGCUGCCUUAUUAUUGAUAUAUAUUUUUAACAUUAAAAAGGUUGUAUACCACCUUGAAAAACAAAUAGGUGAGAUUUAAUAAGCCACACUGGGGAGUGCCUUCUUGACUUUGCAAGGAUCAUUAAAUGAUGCAUUAUUUCAUAUUUUAAUGAUAUAAAGGCCAAGGCUAGCAUGAUUCAUCUCUCAUUGUGGUACAAGAGACAAACCCAUUCGUUAUCUAUUAAGCACAGAGAAGUAUGUUGACAACUGUCUGUUGUUGCUAUUAUUAUUAUUAAUACUGAUGCUAUUACUAUUACCUUUCAGGGUGAUAUAAUUACUGUCAUCAGCCGGGUGGAUGAGAACUGGGCAGAGGGCAAGUUAGGCGACAGAACUGGAAUUUUCCCCAUCUUGUUUGUGGAGGUAAGAACAAUGUUCUGAAGCUACUCAGGGCAAUAGCUAUCAAUGCCUGUACAUGUACUACAUGUUCUCGGAGAUUAUCUUUAUGAGAUCUAACAGACAAUGGCUUUGCAGGGCCAGCACAGGGAGAAGAGAGGCUUCCAGUAAAAGCAAGCCAGGCUUCUUGAGGCAGUUCUGACACAUCCAUCCAUGGGAAGGGGGAAGGGAAUAAACAGGGGACAGGGCUGACGGAGGCUCAGCUGACUGGAGAGUUAGGACUAGUCGGAGGGAGCAACCUUAAAUAAAUAAAAAAAAGCAUCUGUCCUGUGCUCUCAAGGUAGCUGAGGGAUGGUGGCAGUGAACUACGUGGACUAUUUCCCAAUUUUGUAUAGAAUUAGUAAGGAAUGCUGCCACUUCUUUGAGUUCAGUCACAUCUUUUCUCCAAUAACACUACACAUGUGCAUAUUGAUAAAUACUGGGGGGCGGAGAGGGUGGAAGGUAGUAGAGAGACCAAUACUGAUGAGCCCAGGCAUAUGGUUGCAUCAAGAUUCUGUGUAGUGUGUGACCAAUGCAUACAGGCUGUUUACAUAUUGGGGGUCAUAAUAUAGCAAAUAUUCGAUCUUAAUGAGAUCAGUGGCAUCAAUAUUAUUUUCACGGGUUGGGCUGUGGAGUCCAUACACACACCAGCCAAACAAACAAACAAACAAGCAAACAAACAAACAAACAAACAAACACACCAAAUAUUGGUGGAGUCAUAUGUAAAGAUCCUUCCUUCCUUCCUUCCUUCCUUCCUUCCUUCCUUCCCCCCUUCCUCCCCCUCCUCCUCCUUUUUGCAGUGGCUUACCAAUACCCACAUAUGCAUCAGUAGCUGGGGUGGGGAAAGACGCAAAACAGGAAGCGAAAGCUACAGCAAACUGUAAGUGUUGCAAACUGGAAUUCAGAGGAGUGAACCCCUAGAACCAACUGAGAAUUACACUACUGCAUCUGAUUAAGUGGGUCCUACUCUAUGAACGCUUAUGGCACAAUAGGUAUUGAAAGUGCCACAAGACUCUGCAUCAUUUCACCGUAAAGACAGUAACAAAUACCACUGUGUUUUCUAACAGUAUCAUCUUCCUACCCUAUCCCUACACACACACACCUGCCAGUUUUGUUUUACAUUAUGCCCAAAGAAGCUUUCUGCGUGGGGUUGAUGGGAGUUGUAGUCCAAGCACAUGGAGGGCACCAGGUUGGAGACCACCAAAGAAAAAGAAGAAGAAGAAGAAGAAGAAGAAGAAGAAGAAGAAGAAGAAGAAGAAAGAAAGAAAGAAAGAAAGAAAGAAAGAAAUGGGAAUGUCCACUUAUGCUAGCAGGGAAGGAGAUACUCUAUAUCAGGGGUAGGCAACCUAAGGGCCGGGGGCCGGAGGCGGCCCAACUGCCUUCUCAAUCCGGCCCAUGGACGAUCCAGGAAUCAGCAUGUUUUUACAUGAGUAGAAUGUGUGCUUUUAUUUAAAAUGCAUCUCUGGGUUAUUUGUGGGGCAUAGGAAUUUGUUCAUUAUUUUCUUCAAAAUAUAGUCCGGCCCCCCACAUGGUCUGAGGGAUGGUGGACCUGCCCACGGCUGAAAAAGGUUGCUGACCUCUGCUCUAUAUUCUCUUGGUAUUGGCAUUGUGUUCAUCAUUUAAAACUUUAAUAAAAUGUUGUUGUUUUCUUAAUGUGGACAAAACAAACCUAAGGUUGGAAAACUGAAAAAUUGAGAGAAACCAAAAUUGACAGAGCUAACCAUCCAUAAUCCAUAAGUAACAUUUACAUACCUUUUUAGCAUAGACUGCAUACAAAGUUCUUGCCUGAAGUGUUCCAGCUCUGCCACAUGCCAAACAGGAAACUUCCUAUGUAAACACACUCGAGAAUGUCAAAUAAGACUGCAGAAUGAAAUGCAUUCCUGCCACAGGAUAGUUGGUAGAUAAUAUUAGAUCUCAAGACUACAAGUCUGUGUCAAAUGCCAACUGGAUGAAUAUCUCAGUGCUUAUCGUUAUAAUGGUACACAGCAGGCAGCUAAGCGAUUUGGAUGUAAAGAUUAACUACUAUGAUAGAAAUAGAGGGCUGUUUUCAAAUGAGGGCUGAGUCUAGCUGUUGUCAAGGGCAACUGGUCCCAUGUAAUAGCUGUUUUCUUCAGCUUGGGGUGCACAGUCCCAUUUACAUCCAAAAAACCCACCCCUGUUCGUUUAUUUAUUUAAUUUAUUUUCCUCCCAAAGGAGUCCAGGGUAGCAAAAAUAAUGUGAUAAAAAAAGAACUUUAAAAUAAUUCCAGUGAAAUAUCGCAACUUAAAUGGAUUGCUGGUAGAGGAAGUGGGUGCCGAAAAGACAACACAGAUUGUGUUUUAAGGGGAGGAAAUUCCAUGAGGCAGGUGCCACAACAUUAAAGACCCAAUUCCAAUAUUGUGUGGAUUGGACCUAUUCAUAAUAUGGUAUUCACCUGCAGAGCAUAGUGAUUGACUAGGUAUAUAUGGGGUGAGAUGGCCUUUCAGGUAUCCAGAUACCUGUUGAAGCCUAAUAACUGCUUCUCAGUGUUAUUUUUACCAUAGAAAUCAGGCCCAACUCUAGACUAAGCUGAGACUGAGUUCAUUUGUAUAUGCAUUAGUUCUGUGGGGAAAUGCUCACAGCCUGGCUUUUCAGGGAUUUUGGCAAGAUAUUGUGAAUGCUCAGCCCUGUGUCCAGAGUUCACUGCAUCCUGCAAAGUAUUUGAAAAAAUAGAUUGGAGUAGAACAUGGCACAUCACAAUCACAAUGCAAUCACAGUCGCAGAGCAUUUCCAAGUCCACUUUGCGAGGUCAAACCCUACACACACACACACACACACACACGGCCUUCACAUGUCAUUAGCAUGUAGACAAAGACUCCAAAGCAAGCAUUUCCUGGAGUUGUUGGUUGGGGUGGCUUUGAAUUCUUGGGCUCCUACAACAGCAAAAUCUCAUCUCCCUAUUUUCCCCCUUCUUAUAGCCAAAUACAACAGCACGGCAACUUCUUCAGACAAGCAAAAGUCACCAGUCCUCCCAGCUGAAAUAUGGUUCACCUUUGCGAAAAUCCUUGCCCAGAACAAAGGGCACAGAGUCACCCACUUUCUCCGAAUCGAGAAGGAAAAGUGUGAAGCAGUUCUCUAUCACAACAGCCUUAAAUACGCUCAACAGGAUGGUCCAUUCACCCAUGGGGCGGCAGACUCUAGACAUCAGCUCUCCUGUGCUCAUCAGCUCCAGCAACUCCUCUGUGACGACCCAGAACCAUGAGAAAAUAGAAUUCCCAUACAGCACACCUGUUCAGGUAAAUCCACAUUCAUUCUUUUUUAGUGUUGCUUGUAAGGAAGAUGCUGGGAGCACUAAGAAAACAAUAUGCAUACGAUUAGACACUGUACUCUUCAGAGAGGACUGUUUGUCUUUGGGAGUUCCUCUUCCACACCAUUUCGUUUAUUCAUCUUUGGGAGUGCUCAUUGUGGUGUGGGUCACUAUGCCCCCACUGCCCUCAUUUGAUCUCUUCAUGUCGGUCGAGGGUGGAUAGCAGAUUUCCCACCCCCAUGAGUGAGCACUUCCAAAGACAACGUGGGGGAGGAAAAGUGAUAGAGGAAGAUAGAAGAUAGGUGUUGCACAUACAUUGCCUGUCUUCUGGAUUGCCACCUCCACUGAGUGACUUUAUGUGGCUUGUAAGUAUCUCUGGAAUUUGGAAGCCAGCUAGGAUUGAGAAGGAGGUGGGGCCCAGGAGAAGGUGAUAGACUGGCUGGCUGGGCAGGAAGGCUUGCUUGGUCCGGUCUAGACCAGUGGCCACCAGUUCACACCUCCUGUGUGAAGGGAUAUGUGCAUGGGCUUAAUCGGGCGCAGAGCUCCAUGUUGAAUUGGGCAACUGGAUUUAAUUUUCAGGGACAAAGCUGAACUAAAGGUUGAGUACCGCCCAGCUGUAAGAGCUGUUCAGCAAUGACAUAAGCUUGUUAAGUAUCCUGUCUUGGAAGCUUUUAAACAAAAAGCUGGAUAGAGUUCAUGAUCUCAAGGACUUAUUGUAUUAGAUAGCACUAGACAAUCCAUUUGGGUCUCUUCCAACUCUGUGAGUCUUUCGCGGAAAUGAAGGUGUAUUUAGAUGACCUGUUUAUUGAGCAUUCAGCCUGAGAUGUUUGCAGGGAGAUUAGAAGAUGUUUGCAAGGAGAUUAGAAAAUGUUUGCUAUUUAAUGAGCAUUUAUUCUGAUUUGUUUGCAUGGAGGUUAGGUGAUGUUUCAUCGAAGCAAGCAUUUUCCCAUACUUCCCAAUCCAUUUUCCCAUCAAUUUCCUUAUUGUAAAAUGUUCAAUAUUUGGAGGAAGUUGGUUUGUUACAAAAUACCGCCCAACCAGCUAUUAUUGUGCAGUGUGAAUUUGCUGGUAGUAUAUGAUUGAAUCCCACCUGAAAAUAGUGACUGUCUGUAAGCGUCCUAAGUUGCACUGGAAUCAAGGGGACUUACUAUCAAGCAAUAGGAUAUAUUUUGCUGUGUGCUGAAAGUCCCUUAACUCCUGUAGAACCAGCUUAUCCUGCUACAUACCUUCAUAUACCUCAGCAUAAAGGUUAGCUGACUAAGAGCAGGGCAACACAAGAACUACUCAUUCUUCUAGAUCAGUGCUGAUUUUAAAUUCUUAAAACCACUAGAGCAAGAAUAAUAAAGAUUAAAGACUCAAUUUAAGACAUGCAUGUGUCAGACAAAGCGGGGGGGGGGGGAGAGAUAAAUCACUAGCAUUAACAAUGCCCACAAGACAAUUACCAUACAACAAGUAAGACACUUUUACCCCUCUCUCUCAUUGAAAUUGAAAGUUCUGCCUUAUGAGUCACUCAAGCCGCCAAUGAUUCAUAAAGGAGGAGCUGAAAUAAAAGGCUAAUACUCUUCAUUCAUUUGUGCUCUUAUUUGUUAUUUGACAAGACUGGAAAAAUGAGGAUGGAGAGAGAGAGUGUGUGAAGAUUACGUUUGGAAAUGAGAUAGUCCAUUAUGGUGCGAAAUAGCUUUAGUAGGACCACUGCACUAAACCAAGCUGAAGAGUUCAGACUUAACACCCUAAAAGGCUGAGGAGGAAUUUCUGGUUCUGAGGUAUUUAAUGUGCACUUCGAUUUCUUAAUACUGCUUACAAAAAGAAAAUGUGAAAAGAGAGUGAUUGCCGUAUUUUUCACUCUAUAAGACGCACAUUUUCCCUCCUAAAAAGCAAGGGGAAAUGUGUAUGCGUCUUAGGGAGUGAAUGCAGGCUGCGCAGCUAUCGCUGAAGCCAGAACAGCAAGAGGGAUUGCUGCUUUCACUGUGCAGCGAUCCCUCUUGCUGUUCUGGCUUCAGCAAAAGCAACGCAAAUCCUCUUCAACAACAUUUGAUUCAGAAUAUUUUUUUUCUUGUUUUCCUCCUCUAAAAGCUAGGUGAGUCUUAUGGUUGUGUGCGUCUUAUAGAGCGAAAAAUACGAUAUUUCAUUAAUCAGUCAUUGGUGUUGAGUUUCUUCCACCUGUUUAAAAACUGAUAACUUGUUUUUUUAAAAAAAUAAAUAUUAAGUAAUGUUAUUGUGAAAUAGGACUUUGGGUGUGUCCCGUAAUGCUUUCAACAGUUCUCUUUAGGCCUCUUUAGACGUUGAGCCUGACGACACGAGGACAGGCCAGCUAAAAUUAAUCCUCUGAAAUGGAUAGUCCUGGGACCAGGGAACCCUGGUUUCAACCCAGAGAUUCCUCCACCCCAUUGCCUCUAAAACUGCUGCUGAAUGAGGGGAAGGGGCAGCCAGGCCUUCUUCUGCCUUCAUUGACCUGUCAACUAUGACAUGUUACCAGUGAGGCAUCCCUCUCAUUACCGCAGGGGGGAAAGGAAUGACAGGACCAUGGGUAGAAUAGACAGCAGAAGCUUCAGCUCCCAAUUCUCUCAAUUCAGCCGCCGUUUUAAAUGUAAAGGGUUGUUUUUUUAUUCCAUGUUGCAACCUGGCAACUGUUCCUGGAAACCAAAGAUACAAUGACUAAAAAUGACUGUUUUCCUUGAAAACAACCCAUAUAAGUGGAUGCCUUUCAUUCGUUAGAAUGAUGCCAGUGACAAGGCUCCAAAGUCUGGGGAAAUUCACAUCCUAUCUUUUUCCGCCCAGAAAAAGCCCAGGUGUCAUCAGUGAACAAAGGAUUAAGUAUAACACAACUGGCUCCCAAAGAGACACGUGGAUUGCAACGAUCCAAAAUCUAGUUUGCAAUUUAUUAAUCUGUCUGAGAACAAAUUGUAUGCAUUGCUCAUAGACGUAAUGCCAGUGAUCAGAUUCCGGGGUGGGGCAUAAGGAGCCCUAAAUGAAAUCCAUAAGCCAACUCCCAACUAGUCCCCUACGCCUUUUGAUUUAGCAAAAUCACCCAUCCAAAGCCUCAGAGCCGUAACUGGGGGGGGGGGGCGGCUAGCCAGUACUUUUGCCCCACGUGAAGCCUCCAGGGGGGUCCACUGAGGCUCCUAGCCUGUUUAGCCAUUUUACUGUUUGGGCUACAGGUGGAGCAGCUCUCCCUGCUCUGUUGCUAUUCACACUGUUCUCAAGAGCCUUUAAGAUAUUUGACUGCUACCUAAGGUGAGUUCACUGCCUCUGGGUGGACUGCCGCCCUCUCGUAAGCCAUGUCGCAGCCUCAUCUCCCACACAGCUUCUGAUUCCCUAGUCGGUUGUGGGUGAAGGUCCCCCAGUUUUCUGCAGACUCGCUCCAAUCCACUCCUCCAGCCGCCGCAUAGCUGGCUGGUGCUACAAUUUGCCAAGUGCCUUGGCCCUAACCCUACACAGUUGCACUCCUUUCCCAUCUGUGUGGCUGGGCAGGAGUAAUAAGUCCUCGUUUAUGUCCUGUUACCAUUUUUAAUGUCUUAAAAAUAUAAAAUAGCCCUGCUGCGUCAGUCCUAUCUAAUCCAGCAUCCUAGUCUCUGAAUGACUAGCCAGAUGCUAAUGGCUACAGGCAGGACCUGAAUGCAGCAGCAGAGGAAAAUUGCUUCCAACGGUUGUGGGAGAACUUAGCCAUUGUGGCUAGUAGCCAUCAAUAACCUGCCAUGAAUUUGUCUAAUCCUUUUAUAGCUCAGUCAGUAGAGCAUAAGACUCUUAAUCUCAGGGUCGUGAGUUCAAGCCCUAUGUUGGGUGAAAAAUUCCUGCAUUGAAGGGGGUUGGACUAGUUGACGUUGAUGGAAAGAUCAGACCUCCUUAACUGGGUGAAGUCUUAUGCUGCAAUUAUAAGCAUUUUUAUUCAGAAGUAAGUCCCACUGAGUUCAAUGCGACUUACAUUCUGAUAUGUGCCGGAUCAUUCUCAGUUUCCAUUCUUAUUAUUAUAUUUAUAUCUUAGCACUGAGGAGAGCCUUUCCUGUGGGAAGGGCUUGACAUGCGGAGCGCGGAGCUGUGGGGAGAAGUGGGGGGGCUGCCUUUCCUUAGCAAUAUGAAAAUGGGGGGGGGGGACACGCAGCUACACAUGAAACUGCCUGAUUCUGUGUCAGGCCACUUGGUCUCUCCAACUCAACCAUGCUACAAAAAAUGUGCUCUUGGAGUAAAAGGCUCAGAGGAACUUGGCAAGUUGGCAUGCUCUUUACUGCUUUUCUAUGGGGGGAGGGUGGUUGGUUUGGUACAUAUUACCAUGCCUGCCUGCCUGCCUAAGAGGAAGGGGGCUGAAAGAAAAUGCAAGGGACCAAAAAAAAAAAAAUGUAUUAGAAAGUACAGCUUUGUAUUUAGAUAAUAUAUUGCCUACUCUUUGUGCCCUUUAAAAACAACUGUGUUCAGGUGUGUGAGCAUGUGUAUGUGUAUGCAAACAUGGGGGGGGGGAAGAACUGAGUAUUUGUGAAAGAAAGCCUAGUUUCACCUCUGCAUAGCCUUCUAAAGCAGUGGUUUCUCUUAGGGGCUAGUACAAAUGAUAAGCAAGCCAGGACCCCUUUGCUCCCUCUCUCUGUAAUUUGAACACCCUGCAAUACUUUUGCCUAGGUAGGCAAGCAUGCUGGUCAUUGAAAAACAGUAGCUAUCAGCUUUCAGUCACAUCAGUGCUCUUCUAAAGCUGAAGUAAUGACAUUAGAUUAGAACAGGCUGCAAUGAACUAUUUUGCCACUAAUUAAUCCAGGAUGGAGAUUCACAACUGAGCUGUACGUAUAAUGAAAAAGGGACGGGGAAAGAGCUGCUAAAAAGAUAACACAGAGGAAAAAGCCAGCUUGUUGAUGGCAUAUGCGAGAUGAUGAUGCAUUUCACAAGACUCUAAUUAUAUAGCAAGAGACACAUACUUCCCUGAGCUUUACUCAAGCUUCGGCUAACCAUAUUUAUUAAUUUGCAUGCCUUAACUUAAUUACAAAUAUUUGCUUCUUACCGUCAUUUUAGAAUAAAGCAGAAGGAUGGUAAAAGAGGAAGAUGUUUGUUUUAUUGCAGUCGUUUCUUGACUUGCAGAUAGAAAAUGAAAUUAUAACAAUACUGGCUUUUUGGCGGGGUGGGGUGGGGAGAGAGAGAGAAUAUAUAUAGUGGCUCUGUGCCAAGGGUCCGACUGCUGCAGUUUAUAGCAGAUCAACUUGAGUAGUGCUCCUAAAGGGAACAAAAUGAAUGAAUGCAGGUUUGGUUCUUUCCCAGUUGGAAACUAUUGCACUUCAAAGUCCUUGUUGUUUCCUUCCAUGCCAGCCUCUCCUUGCUCACUCUCCAGCGGCCACUGUGAGUUAUCCAAGGGAGGAGACUGGCAGCAGCAGCCAUAGAGAGGCAACCGGAUGCUGCCUUGCCACCAGUGUUGAAUUUACGUAUAAGCUAAACAAGCUAUAGCUUAGGGCCCCACUCUCUUGGGGGCCCCCAAAAAAAUUAAAGGGAAAAAAUUGGAUGUACAUUUCCAAAAUACAAGCUAAAAAAGAAAUAAAAUAAAACCUACAUACAGCAGCAGUGUUUUGUGUUGUGUAGGCUACUAUGAUGUAAGUACAGUGGUACCUCUAGAUACGAACGGGAUCCGUUCCAGAUCCCUGUUUGCAUCUAGAGGUAAAUGUAACUAGCGACGGCAUGUCUGCGCACGCACGCAUCACUUUUCGCCGCUUCUGCGCAUGCGCGUGACAUCAUUUUGAGCGUAUGCGCAUGCACAAGCGGCGAAACCCGGAAGUAACGCACUCCGUUACUUCCGGGUUGCCGAGGAGCACAACUCGAACGCGCUCAACUCGAAGCGUAUUCAACCCGAGGUAUGACUGUAAUGGGCCCUGCCUGCUUGCCUGCUCCCUAAAAUAUCACUAGUUUGCUUAUUUCUAUAUAUAGGGUACCUACAUUCUGCACGUGCAAAUGGCUUUAGAUACCUAUUAGGUCCAUAAAGUACCAUAUAGCAUAUAUUCAACACAUAAAACAAUGACAAUUUGUUGUUGACAAAGGACAGCUGAACAUAUAAAGGGCCCCAUUACCUUUAGUAGCUCAGGGCCUCAUCAAACCUAAAUCUGACCCUGCUUGCCACUGCUGCUUGGGACCAGCGCCAGCUCAUUCUCCUCCCUGAGCUUGGCAGCGGCAGCACUGGCAGGGGAAAUAGGGACAUUCCAAAAUCAAACCAGAAGCCGGGGUGGCUUCUGGAAAAUUAGGACACGUGGAGGGUAUGAAACUAGUAAAACGUAUAGGAGUUCUGCUGGGGAUUGAAUGGAGGGGUUGGAGGGAGACAGUCACUUUUUUGGCAGAAUGAGCUAUGAAAUUCACCCAGGAGAUGCUUCUAAAUGCCUGCUCAGAAUCCUAACUACCUCAGAAAUUAAUAAGGAAGCUGAGUUACUGAAGGCACUCAGGAGGUGUUUGGCCUUCAAUGCAUUCCUGAGCUUUGGGUGUGGACCUGGUAAAUUGCUUUUUGUGCUCUGGUGAGUUGUGAGGCUCUCAGUUUCCCCAGCAUCGUAGCUCAAGACUGACCACAUUGAUGCCAGCUUAAUGGAAUGAGUCCUUUUGGCUCUUUUGAGAGGUUAGUUUUUCCUUUAUAAUAAUACAAUCCUUUAUUUUUAAAUGCAAAUGUUUUCUUUUAAAAAGGAGGGAGGUAUGAUUACACAGUUUUCUGCACUGAUAGAAAAAAUGGAACAAGGAACUGAUACGAUUAUUUCAGCUGAAAAGAGAAUACAGUGGUAACUCGGGUUAAGUACUUAAUUCAUUCUGGAGGUCUGUUCUUAACCUGAAACUGUUCUUAACCUGAAGCACCACUUUAGCUAAUGGGGCCUCCCGCUGUGGCCACGCCGCCGGUGCACGAUUUCUUUUCUCCUUGUGAAGCAAAGUUCUUAACCUGAGGUACUAUUUCUGGGUUAGCGGAGUCUGUAACCUGAAGUGUCUGUAACCUGAAGCGUAUGUAACCCGAGGUACCACUGUGCAUUUCUUUGCCUAGUCCCUGAAGCAUAAGGCUGGUCAGAAUUUGUCUUGACUGUUGACUUAUGCUACUUUCCGGAGGAAAUUCUGUGCUUGGGAACAUUUAGGCUGUAAUCCUGUGUACACUUAUCCAGGAGUCUGUCCCACUGAAUUCAAUGACAUUUUCUUCUGAGUAGACGGGAAUAGGAUUGUAUGGCAUGCUGAAUUUAAAAUGCAGUCACUGGUUCAUAGAGAACAGGCUCCACUGCAAAGAGCUCAUGUGCGUUUCAUGUGUAUUUGAUUUAUCAUCUUAUGGUAGAUUUUACUUUAUCUGGAUCUGUGCAAAAAAGGGGUUAACUCAUUUCCACAGUACGCCAUGAGUUAAGACUCAUCCAGGAGAUUAUAUUAAAUAUAAAUAUAAAUGAAAUGAACUCAAUAAAUAUUAUAUAGCCAAUGUUUAUCAUAAUCACUGUUACUAGGAAUCAAAAAAUUAAAAAAGAAAGAAAGAUAAAGGAAUGCUGUUGUAUUGCGCAAUCAUGUUAUUAAAUACAGAAAUACCACAUUGGCAAGGGAGAUGGACUCUGUACAUGCCCAUUUCCUUUAUUGCAGAGGCUCAUAGUUCCUAAUUAAAAUUUUGCACUAUACCUUGUGAAGUUCUUUUCCACUCCUAGGCUGUUUCGAACCCCUUUUGGACCCUCAGGUCUAUAGUGGAUCAGAAUGAAAGUUGGUUUUGCAGGGGUAAGAAGGCAUAGAAAUAGAAUGAUCAGGGAGGGGGAAGAGGGUAGAAGAGGUGUAGCUUAUCAUGCAAAAUUCCCUCUUCUAUACAACCAUUUAAAGAAUGAUGCAGCAGCCUUGUCUCCUGGCUGCCUUAAAUUAUAGUGACUUGCCAGCUAUCAAAUUGGUGCCACAUUGUCUAGCUUCUGCGCUAGUCCUCAACCUGUUUACAGUGGUACCUCAGGUUAAGUACUUAAUUCAUUCCGGAGGUCCGUACUUAACCUGAAACUGUUCUUAACCUGAAGCACCACUUUAGCUUUAUUUCUGGGUUAGUGGAGUCUGUAACCUGAAGUGUAUGUAACCUGAAGCGUAUGUAACCCGAGGUACCACUGUACUUAGAAGUAGUGAAACCAAUGGAACUUCCUUUCAAAUAAAUAUAUGUAGGACUGGAAUGGGGAACAUAAUCUAGCAUAAAUUCCACACAGAGGGGGUUUGACAAUAGCAAUCUUAGCUGUACUUACCAUGUUGAAAUGUCACCGCUAAAUUGCAGCUUUCAUUCAAAACAGAAGCUUCACUUGCAUGAUUGCAUGCAUGAAUAAGGGUCUAGAAUGAAAAUGAAAAAGGGUGGAGAGGGGACCUUCAGCAUGCAUAUUAAAUUUCAUUAUUACAAUCCAAAACUCAUACUUUUCAAGAGGAAGGGGAGUUAACUCAUAAUUUCUUAAUCUUUGGCCUCGGCAGUCCUUUUGUUUAAUUAACACCAGAUGCGACUCCAUUAUUUCUGCCUUUGGCUCAACAAUCCCAAGGGUGGCCUCUUGCAAACAACCAUUUGUUUUCUGAUUGGAAUUCUCCAUGCAGUUCGGCCAGCUGUCACAUCUUUUCCCCCAGCUGUGGCAGGCAAAGGAGGCAGAUGAAUAUGCUGCAAAACUGUCGCCUGACACCCAGUUGCAAACUACAAACUGUCUCAGAGGGACUUUCAACUGUUCUCCCAUCUCGCUGGCAAGGGCCAAUUAGCCCUUUAUAACAAAGUCACCUGCCUAUAACCAAGACCUUCCACUGUAAUUUGCCCCAAACUGCCGUCUUUGUCACAUUAUCGCUUGGAAAGCUCUGAUAAUACUGGUCCGACCCCUGAUGUAUGGGAUGCCUGCCUGCUGCUCACAUGCCAAUAAGGUUGCAGCACCAUUCGAAAACUUGCACACUCAGUUCAACAGGACACUUCCACUGAAAUGCUCGUAGGAUGAACUUCCACGAGCUGGGCAUGCUCAAUUCUCUGUGUGUUUACUUAGAAGUGAAAUCUACUAAAUUCGGCAGGGCUUGAUCCCCAGGUAAAUUGCCCAAGAAUGCAGCCUUAAAGGGUUUUUUUGCACCUCUUUGAAAUGCAGAUAAGCAACCUACAUUGGCCAGAUGUUCAUUUGCAUUACAAAUGCCUCUCUUCCUCUCUCUCUCUCUAUUCUGUAUGAACAGUAAUCACAUAUUCACAUAAAUAGUAAAGGAGAAAUUAAACCUCUGUGUGUGAAAGCCACCUCAACUUGUUUGUGGCAUGAGUGCUUGGAGGCAAGAAGCAACUGCAUCAGAUGUACCAUGAAGUGUGUUCUUGUCUACAAAGGUUCAUGUAGGAUUAUGUUAGUUAACCUGCAGUCCUAAUGGGACUGACUUCUGAGUCACCAGGCAUAGGAUUUCCCUGUUAGACUUGAGAUGCCACCAGACUUUCUCUUCUCUGCUGCAACAGACCAAGGACCACUUUGACAAGUACAAAACACACCGAGAGAUGUGGAUUAUAAAGGCAUACAUGUAUCAGUUAUUGAGCGUUUUUCUUGAGAUCAGCAUUCCUGUGUGUGCUACAUAUGAAGUAAGCUCCACUAAACUCAGGAGGACUUUCUCCUGAGCUAAAAUACUAAGUAUUUUGACACCCAAUCCACCUAAACUGGAGCCCAGGCUUUCCCCAGUUAUAUAUUUAUCCAUGUGUUGUUUUUUUAAAAGUAUCUGAUUAAUAUACAUGCUUUUUUAUAGCUGAUGAGAUACAUUUGCAUUUCCUGCUCUUGUACCGGAGUGAAAAACAUCCAAGAUGCUAAGUAUUUACACUCUUCUGCAAUACACAAACAAACCUUUAAUAAAACUGAGGAUGUAGGACUCACCCUUUAAUUAUAACGAAAGGUUGUAGGGUGUAAUGAGAUGUAAAUGGGCUAAAAAAACAGUUGCGCUCAUGGUAUCUUCUUUUGAGUUUUCUGUUCAUUCUCUAGAGGGCUGCCGAAAAGUCCUACGUUUUUCUGUGGAUAAAUAAAGCAGAAAAUAAGCUCAGAACAAAAGGUGUGGGUGACAGUGUUACAGUCAUCCUGCACGCUGUGUAAUAAUAUCCUGAGUAACCUGUGGGGGGGAUAUGUCCAAAACAGCUAUACUCUCUCUGUGGGACUGGAAGUAAGGAGGGAGGAAAAAAUCCUCUCUCAAGAUAGGUGAGGCUGUCAUUUAAAGCCCUAGAAGUCAACAUGUACUCUCUGCCGCAGGGUGCCACUCCUCAAAAGAUGAAGCUUUGCUCCUAUAAAUGAUAGAAACUGCCCGAGUCAGCAACGCCCACAAGUCUUUGGCUUUGUCUGUCUCUCUCUGUGGCAGCUGCUCACCUCUGCACUAAAACCAAUUGCUUCUGAAAAUACUGUAGUGUGGGUUUUUCUUUUCCCUUCCCUCUUUUGCAGCACUGUUUCAUUGUUCUGUACACGAGGAAGAGGAGAAGAGACCAAAUUAAUUUGGCUUACUGAAAGAAACAAAAGGGUUGGCUUGAGUUAAUUUGGGUUUGCGUCCAGGGGAAAGACAUAAAAGUCAAAUAGGGAUAGACGUAAGAAAUGAUUGUAGUUAUUAUUGAUUGACAGUUAUUAUUUGCCGACAGGAGGGAUAUACUGUUAUUAUUGGACUUGACUGGGACGUAGCUUAAAACAUGCCUUCCAUGAGGGUCCUUUGCACCCCUGGCAAGAAGCUGCAUCAGCACACACACACACACACCUGAAAAAACAUCACUUUACCACAACAGCCACAUUAGAAAUUUCUACAUUUGAUGUGACCCAAGUACUUGAAGCACCUAGAAUCAGGGUGAGGCAAAGCAGGGUGAAAAAGAUUCACUUGCAUUUCUGUUGCUGUGCAAGGAUGGGAAGCUUCCCACACAUUUGAUGUUGCCGGGAUAGCGGUGGCACAUUGCCACACACAUAUACAUCAUACACCCCUUGGUCUGAUAGGUGUUUUAAUUUUGCAUCCCCCACCCAGGCCUGCACCCCCAGUAGGGAUUGGUUUCGCCAACCCCUAGGUAUGCCUCUGUAUUUCACAGACAAAAAUGGAGGCAUUCCUGAGCAUGAAUGGGUGGGACUAUGAGUGGUGCCUAGGAGUCCAACAGCAUGACCUGAUGGACAGUGGUGGGACCAAUACAAUGCAAACUCAAAUGCACCACAUGGAAGAAGCCUCUUGUAUGGUCUGUGGAUAAUAAUAAUAAUAAUAAUAAUAAUAAUAAUAAUUUAUUUAUACCCCGCCCAUCUGGCUGAGUUUCCCCAGCCACUCUGUGCGGCUUCCAACAGAACACUAAAAUACAAUAACCUAUUAAACAUUAAAAGCUUCCCUAAACAGGGCCGCCUUCAGAUGUCUUCUAAAAGUCUGGUAGUUGUUUUUCUCUUUGACAUCUGGUGGGAGGGCGUUCUACAGGGUGGGUGCCACUACCGAGAAGGCCCUCUGCCUGGUUCCCUGUAACCUCACUUCUCGCAGCAAGGGAACCACCAAGGGCCCUCGGCACUGGACCCCAGUGUCCGGGCAGAGCAAUGGGGGUAGAGACGUUCCUUCAGGUAUACUGGACUGAGGCCGUUUAGGGCUUUAAAGGUCAGCACCAAGACUUUGAAUUGUGCUCAAAAACAUAUUGGGAGCGAGUGUAGGUCUUUCAAGACCGGUGUUAUAUGGUCUCGGCGGCCGCUUCCAGGCACCAGUCUAGCUGCCGCAUUCUGGAUUUGUAGUUUCCGGGUCACCUAACACAAUAAAUGCUUUUUUGUUGACACAGAGGAAGCAGGAACUGAAAUUCCAAAAAUAAGUUGCUUCCUGAAUAUUGGCAAAUAAAUAUUUCCCUGGAACAUAUCUCUGUGGCUAUCCUGGCUGAGUUAGGACAAUUGUUGGAGAGUACCCCGCCCGCCCGCCCCAAAAAAGCCUCUAAAUUAUCAUACUUUGUGGUUAGUGUUUAUUAAAUGCUCAGUGCUUAAGGUAGCUCCAAUUAUUGUUUUCAGGUGGUGACUGCCAACAGAAAUGGAAUCAAAAUGGCGCCACUGAGAAACAAGGGGAAAGCAUUAGCAUACUCAGGGUAACUCCUAGGUUUGCAGAAUAUUUAUAAAAACUAAAGAGGCAAAAGGCCUCUCCAACCCUCACCCCUGCAAAAAACUACAACAGUCCAAUGAGGAAUGCUGAAUAUCAGUAGGAAGUAGAAAACAGGGGAGAACAGCUUUGUGCUUGAGUUCUUUACAGCUUAUAGAACCUUGGAAGAGGUCAUGGCUAACCAGCUGAAAUAGGAGUGCUUCUGUUAGGAGGUGAGGUGCACUGCAAUUUCCUUGUCCCAGGUUCCACUUGUUAAUUCUACAGCUGAUUUUUCCCUUAUAAAUGAUCCUCACUGUCACUCUGAAGAACUAAGGAGGAAGAACAGAAGCUGAGAUAUUUCCCCCCCAAGUGUUCUGACUCUUCUCCUCAUCCCUGGACGUUGCAUUUUUUAUUUCAUUUUUUUACUUUAAUAUUUUUUGGUGUUUCGUUUCUAUGUAAAGAAAACAAGCAUUUCGCUGUCGGACCUUUCAAACAAAGGAAUGUUCAUCCCUUUGAUUUUUAAGUGAUGGACACCACAAAGCUUAUCUGCUCUUCUUCAAUAGUGUCCUGUCAUUUUAUGUAAAGGCUUGCUAUUGGGGAGAACAGAAAGCAUAAAUCCAACUACAUGUGUGGCUGAAGCAUUCUGCAUAAUCCUCUAAUAAUUCAAACCCCACUGAAGCCACUGUAGCAAUUGCAGGAUGGUUACAAGAAGUCCCUUCAAUUAUCUUGGAUGCAAAAUGUAGUGCAGGUUGGCUAAUCUUGCCUUGCUCCAAGUUCAAGAGCAAUGCAAGGGGAGAUUCACAGUUUCCCUAUUUUGUUACUGCCAGUAGAGAAAGUGGUAGGAUUUGUGAUUGAACAAUAAGCACUUGCUUCAAAUGCCAGUGAGGAAUAAAUGCACCAGCCUGAUAAUUAAGCCACAUAUUUUUGAAGUGAUGAGAGGCAAAGGUCCAAACUUCCAACUACCUUGGCAUUAGAAAGGGAGGCAGAGAAGAGAGAAUGUGUGCAAUAUAUUAACUCUGGCUCCGUGGAUAAAUUCCACUAUAAUUGCUUUUUCUCCCUUUUUCUUUUUUUGCUGAUCUGAAAUUCUUAAGUAUUUUCCAUUACUGGCGAUCUCUCUUCACUCCCUUUUCUGAAAGUAAUUCAGAAAAGUGUGUCUCCUGAAUUUCUCCCUACUGCAGCAAUAGGCAGUGCUGGUAGGAUGUAAACGUCAGAUAAGAGCAAAGGGCCAGAUCGGGUAAUUAGUAAAUUUGUGGGCACAGGAAAGGAAUUAGGGUGGAGGAAGAGUGCAUUGGGAGGAACAAGGAGGAGACAACACACAACAGUAUCACCCUUUAUGAAACAUGCCUGCCUUAAGCAUUGUAAUCUUUAAUCCUGGGAGUGUGUCCACAAGUGUCUCCGAGGAUAAUAUAUUUAUUAUGAUCCAAUGUCGUUCUCCCGACAUUACAGUUCCUGUCCUGGAAACUAAACUUUUUAUCAGGAUUCCAAUAAUCUCCAUGAGUCACUUCCAUAUAACCUACUCCUUGAACAUUCAUCUUGAUUUCUUGGCACAAAGUUUGUGGGGAGGUUAGAUGUUGUUGGCUAUUUAUUGAUAUCCCCAAAUGUGGGGUUCUUGAAUGUUUCUCCAUCUGUUUUCCCCUUCACUCUCUCACAUGCUGUCCCCUGAAUACUCAUUCAUUCAUUCAUUCAUUCAAUCAUUCACAAUGCUCACAAAGGCUCAUACAGACCCUACUCAUGCAUGCCAGUCACAUACCACUCUCUGGCUACUCAUGCAACAGCCACAAGCAAACAGUCUACCUACCCAUUGACCAACCCUUGGACAGUUUCUGCCUCCUCCCUCCCCUGCUGAACCUCUCCUACCAACAACACUGUCACCUCAUUUGAUCCUAGACCUUGUGUACUAAGGACAAAAAUUCACAUAACAAAGCCUUGGCUUCUUGAAAAUUAAAAAUGGUUAAACCCCUGAAAAGCAGCUGUAGGGGAUUUUGAGCUGAAAAAUAGCGGGUUGGAGAUAAGAAUAAGCACUCCCUGUCCUCUGCCACUCCUCAAAAUUGCAGCUUCCACAGACUGCUUUUCAGUAAAGAAAGUUGGGGCUUUGUUACAGGCAGUUGUGUGCAACAUGUAAUUUAGUCCUGAGCCUAUAGUAAGGAGGAUUAAUUUAAGUCAGCUAAAGCCAAAGAACGUACACCCAACAGUGAUGGAUAUUUCACUUUUUUGUUGAGUCUAUGUCGUUUGGAUGGUAAAAUGGCAAAAUCACAUUUUGGGGCAGAUCUGUAGCACUCUCGUGUGAAAGAGGACAUGGCUGCAGUGGCAGGCACCCAGACUUUCAGCUGAAGAGAGCCUGAUAAGCAGUCGGCAGCAGGCUGUCUUACAUUCAACUGGGUGACCUGCAAAAGAUCCUUCUUCCCUGCACCCUACAUGCUUACUAAAUGUGUGAAGAGACCUUGUGUGCUGUGUUCUUUAAUUUGUGUUCUUUAAUGUGCUACUUAAUUAGUCUACAAACUUGCAAAGAUUGUUCAAAGCAGGCUUUGCCUUGGGCAAGAAGGCACAUAGAAAAUAAUGCAUUAGAUUGGAUCAAUAUGUGUUACGUACAAUCCUUAUGGAAAAUAUCAUGUUCCAGUGGAAUCUCCCCCCCAUCACCACCCACCUCCAUAACAACACUGUACUGGGUAGUAAGGGCUGCACUGGACAUGUGCUUAAUAUACAGCAGAAGUCAGGGAGCCCGAUUCUCACUAGGCCUGCUGUCUUGUUACAUUGAGUGCACGUACAAGGUGACUCUGCACGUGUGCAUGUGUUUGCGCAAAAGAAUGUAUACUUGUUGAUUUGUACAACUCAGCUAUUGCAUACUCUGGUACACAAACUGUGUACAAUUCAACUAUGUGUGUGCACAGGUACACAGAAUAUAUACUCAUGGAAUGUAACAUGUGAACACCACUGUGAAAGUGGCAAGGGAGAAGGGGAGGGAGCCUUAUCUCUCCAGUCCCCAAUAACAACCAGAAUGGAUAUUUCACAUGCAGACACACACACAGACACACACACACACACACACACACACACACACACGCCUUACGUGAAAAGUCCCUGUUGAUCCAAUUGGGACUUUCCCCCUAUGACUCCUCUUUCUAGUGGGACGGACCUCCACUCCAAUUACAGUGGCGGAAGUGAAGAGAUAAGCUUCUGCUUUCUCAGGGCUGCCAUUGCAGUAAAAUUGCAUUGGUUAAAGCAUGGGUAGGCAAACUAAGGCCCGGGGGCCAGAUCCAGCCCAAUCGCCUUCUAAAUCCGGCCUGCAGACGGUCCGGGAAUCGCAUGUUUUUACAUGAGUAGAAUGUGUCCUUUUAUUUAAAAUGCAUCUCUGGGUUGUUUGUAGGGCAUAGGAAUUCAUUCUUUUUUUUUCUUCCAAAAUAUUGUCUGCCCCCCCCCCAAGGUCUGAGGGACAGUUGACCAGCCCCCUACUGAAAAAGUUUGCUGACCCCUGGGUUAAAGAAAAACAAGAUACAUAGCUGUCUCCUAUGUUUUCAGCACAUGGUGGCAAAGGAGUUUCUCCUCAUUACAGUGGUACCUCGGGUUACAGACGCUUCAGGUUACAGACACUUCAGGUUACAGACUUCACUAACCCAGAAAUAGUACCUCGGGUUAAGAACUUUGAUUCAGGAUGAGAAUAGAAAUCGCGCGGCAGCGGUGGGAGGCCCCAUUAGCUAAAGUGGUGCUUCAGGUUAAGAACAGACCUCCAGAACAAAAUAAGUACUUAACCCGAGGUACCACUGUACAUGGGAAUGGUACCAGAGUACCACAUUAACCUGGUUCUGGCUGCAGAAAGCUGGUGUGCAUUUUAAUAGCUAACUACAUUUCUUGUGUACUAAAUUACAUCAUUCUUUAGUCAGAAUUCAUUGUAACAGGCAAUCUUUGCACUGAGUGGGUGUUGUUUUGCUUUGCCAUUUAUACAGCUUAAGCUUUCCUAAAGCUUAAGUUCACAAAACAAACAGCAGUUCAUGAGGUGAGUAAUUGCUGAGGCCCUCUAGUUAUCUGCUAAAUGUUUGUGGUAGCCCUGAUGGUUCUAGACGACCUGCAUUUCCAACGGGCAUUUUCUAGGAAAUGUUUAUUUGAUUUAGCUUCUUCUCAGAGACCCACGCCUGCCUGUGUCUUCUCUGAUAAGUUAACUGUGCUGUUCAGUGACCAUUCGUCUCUCAAGGCAGGCAAGCAACAUCAGUUAUCUGCUAAAAGCUAAUAAAAAAAAUACAGGCUGGUUUUGCAGACAGCUCUAACACUGGGAUAAAUACAGAUAAGAAAAUGAGUGACAUGAACUCUUGGGCUGAUUACCCUUCUCUGCUGGUUCCAUGCAAAUAAAAAGUGGAUUAGAGGCUGGACUACAGGGGGUAUUUUCAUCUCUUCCUUUUUUUUCUCAAGAGACAUAAGAGAAAAGGGGGCUCCGUUGUGAAUAUCCCUGUGAGGAAUCAGUAAUUUAGUGGCUUCAGCAGAGACAGGCAAGUGCAUACAUCAGCACUGCCUUCACCCAUGAGAUGGGCAGUGGAAUUCAAGGUGGGAUCUCCAAGCUUACGAUUCUCAAUUAUGACUUCUGCAAUCUCAUAAGGGUAACUUACAGUGCCUUGGAGUACUAUGUCCAAUUCUGGGUGCCACAAUUUAAGGAGGAUAUUGUCAAGCUAGAACAUGUGCAGAGGAGGGUGACCUAAAUGAUCAAGGGCCUGGAAAUCAAGCCUUAUGAGGAGCAGUUGAGAGAGUUGAGUAUGUUUAGCCUGGAUAGAAGACUCAGAAGAGAUGAUAUGAUAUGAUAGCCAUCUUCAAAUAUCUGAAGGGCUGUUGCAUGGAAGAUGGAACAUGCUUGUUUUCUCCUGCUCUGCAGAGUGGGACUCAAACCAAUGGCUUCAUGUUACAAGAAAGGAGAUUCCAGCUAAACAUCAGAAAGAACUUUCUGACAGUAAGAGCUGUUCAACAGUGGAAUGGACUCCCUCAGAUGAUGGUGGACACACUCCUUCCUUGGAGGUUUUAAGCAGAGGUUGAGUGGCCAUCUGCCAUGCAUCAGAGGCUAUAGACUCUCUCCAGUUUGGUACUGGCAUUGCGGCUUUGGUACUGUGCUUGCCAUCCGUCUUGAUCAGGGAUAGGCAUUUGAAUUAUUCGCAAUAGGCACAGGAAGUGGCCCAAUUCCUGUGUUGGUAGUAUAAAGAACAACCAGUAAUGCACUUGAAGAAAAUGACUGAGAAUAACCUGUGGCAAUGAUAACCUGGUCUCACUCUAAAAUGCUGAGUCAUUUUCUUCACCAGUGAAAACCAUUCUUUAUUUCCAGCACUCAGGCAGAAACCCAUCUUGAUAAUCCAACAUAAAACAGUCUCUGCUUAUUUGCCAUCACUGUCUAAGCUCUUUCCAUGCUUAUUUCACAAUGGAUGAUCUUCACUAGGAAGCUACUGAGGAAUGUGGGAUGAGAAAGGGCUGCCUUAGCAGUUAUGCAGCUGAAUAAGCACUAAAGGCCUGAAGAAUUCAAUAUAAUGGAUGUGUGGGAAUUUUGCUGCCUUAACCCUUGUCAAUUACAAAAUGCUUUACAGAACAGGAAAAUGCUCAACUCCUCUAAGUAUUUUAGGUUUGCUUGCUCAAUCCUACAGUGCUUCUUAAGGCAUUAGAACAUUACAAUUGACAUAAGGGUGGGAUGGGAAUGUGAAAAUCCAUUAGGAAAGGAGAUGGGGAGGGCAACCAAAGUUGCUUUUCUACACCCUCGGUUGCAAUAACCUAUUACUGGAGAAAAUCAUCUGUUAAUGCACUCUUUAAUUUCAAGAUAGAAGGGAGAAAGAAAGAAAAGAGGAAAAACAAGGCAUCUACCUCAAGUGGAAAAGGCAUUUAUGUUGGCUGAGAACAUAUAGCCUGCAAUAUAAAUGAACUUUUCUUGGAGAUUCCUGCUGAAAUUUAAUGAACAUGUUUCUUUGUUCACUCCUCCAAACAAUCAUGUUCCUUGCUCUCAUCGUUCCAUAUAUCCCAAAGGCUUAUAAUUCAUAAUUUAUUUAUUUAUUUAUUUAUUUAUUUAAAAAAAUUAAUCCUAAAUGGUGUUGGGAAAUUCCUGGUUUGCAGAUCAACAUCAUAAUGAUUUUGAACCCAGCCCAUGUUUUCUGCAUGAUAGCAUCAGGACUCCCGGUCAUGGCAGCAGUCAGAUGGAGAGAAGGGAUGUAGUCCAGUUUUCAUCAUGUUUUGUUUUGUAAAGUCACUUUCUCAAUCAUGAUAUAUUUUUCACUGGCCUCAGCAUUUGAGCAACAUCCUUAAACCUAAUCAUGGAAGAGCCAAACAGGGCAAUGCAAAUGCUUCAUCUUUUUCUUUCCUAGCACAGAAGCAAAGGCAGUAGCCAAUGAAAUAUAGGCAGUAAGCUGCUUGGGCAAGGGCCUGUCUUUCUUGGGCUUAUGUUACUCUGAAGAGUGCAAUGAACACUGGUAGUGUUAUAUAAAUAAAAACUAUAAUUUCAUAUAAGGAACAACUAGUAGGAGCAGUAGACCCUGAAGAAAUACACUGAAGUACCCUUACAGGGGGGAGGAAACCCACUAUCUGUCUUAAUGCAAAGAAAUCACUUGGACAAAACUACUUUCUGAAGUGUAUCCUUAUUGUAUUUGUAAGAAGAAGUGAGUUGUUGUUGUUGUUGUUGUUGAAACAUAAAGAAAGCAUCCUUAUUGGUAAGAACUACAUCUUGGAGACAUGGUUUGAAGAGUAAAAUUCCAUUAGUUUGGGAACUGAAGGACUAUAUCAGCACACACAGCUCUCUGAUUUUUAGCUAAAACCCCUCUUUUAGCAAGUGGUCUCUCAUUUCAUUUUCAGCCCAAAUGCUGCUCAGGGCCAAACUAUGGUACACAUGACAAUGUGUAGGAAUAGAUGAAUAUAAUUUUCACUCUUUUGCAGCUUUUACAAAUAGCAGCCAGGGCAUCAAAUAAAGACUGGGACUAUGGCAUGGGGGGGCGGGUUUAGUCUCCUUCACUGUUUUCCCAAUAAAUACACACACACACAAGUUGCUUGUGGGCAUAUGUGGCACAAUCUUGUGCUUAAUUGUGGCUUCUCCAGUGGAUGCAUAUACAUUGAUCAGCAUAGGUGACAGACUGGAACCUUGAGGGAAGCCACAUUUCAAGUCUCUCAGGGAUGACCGCCUAAUCCUCAUCAUCCCAGACAUGAGAAAACAAGCCAACCAGUCGAACGUGUUCGUUGCUCCAUCAGUGACUAAAAAUUUAAAAGCCCCAUUAAGACAUUUGACCGCAGAGACAGCAGAGUGAAUCAGGAUUCUUCCAUUUAACAGGAUGCACUGCUUUGCCUCGAGGCCUGUGGCUUGUGGGUUCUUGAUGUUCAGGCACACUUCCUUUGAAGGGAGAAUAUAAUAAAGGCGCUCAUUUGGAUUCUUUUAUUCUUGUUUACAGGUCAGCACUUCCUAUUACUCGGCCCCUGGGCCCCUGGGGCAGCCGACAGCCAUUGUCACCCUGCCUCAUUUACAGCAACACCUGCCAGUGAAUAUGUACGUAAAACUAAGUCCUUAUUCAUUAGGUGGGUAGGGCCUUUGGCUAGGGCCGGAGAUGUUGUUGCCUAGCAACCAUGCCACAUGCUGCCAGUCCCCCAUCCCCACCCGCUCACAGGAGUAAACGAAUACAGAAAAGAGGAUGAAGAAGAAGCCCUUGUGGGGUUACUGUCCCACAAGCACCAGCUAAAAUUGAGACAACUCUUUUUACAGAGAUACUUCAUUCAACUUAAUCUGAAAUUUAAACUGGCUUCUGAGAACCCCACAUGGGCAUACAAAACACUUAGCAUGGGCCAGAAGAUCGGUUUAAAAUUCAGCUCCCAGAAUUAUGAGACCCAUUAGUAAAUGUGAUCGCUUUUUAGUUGCAGAACCUGAAGAAUCAUAGAACUGUGGGUUUGAAAAGGGACCACGAGGGUCAUCGAGUCCAACCCCCUGCAAUGCAGGAAAGUUUUGCACAACAUGGGGCUUGAACACACGACCCUGAGAUUAAGAGUCUCAUGCUCUACUGAAUGUCCAUGACAUAUAUGGGGUGGGGGUGAGUUUUGGGUGGUUAGCUACUGAAAUGUCAUGUGACAGGAAGGAGGUACCCAGGCAACAGACCUGAGGACCAAAAAACUGGUGCUGAAUCAUUAGGUGUAACCUCCCUGCUGCAGCCUUCCCAGUAUGUGCCAUUUGGGGCUGAUGGAAGUUGAAGUCCAGAACAUCUGGAGGAGUCCAGGUGGGCGAAGGCUGUCCUACUGCUAAAGGUUUUGAAAGGAAUUCUGUUCUUGCCAACUAAUUACAUAGCUGUUUUAUACUCAGCUACAUAUCUUUCCUUUGAUCACAUCCACGCCAUACAUUAAAAGCACACAUUUCCCCCCCGAAGAAUCCUGGGAUCUGUAGUUUACCCAUGACAGAGUGAGACUUCCUAGCACUCUUGACCAACUAGAAUUCUCAGGAUUUCUUGAGGGAAGUUGUGUGUCUUAAAUGUGUGGUGUGGGCAUGACUUUUGUGUUGUUCACCACACCUCUUGUUUGGGCUGGUAUUCGUCUCUUCCUCCACUCAUGCAUCUCAGUGCAUUUCUGAUUCCUGACUUUAUUGCUUUGGUACGGAGCACAUUAACCCAGCCCAUUUGGGAGUGCCCUGCCCUGUACAUUUUUUACCCAUCCAUUCAGCAUUCUUGAUGAGUUGCCUUCCCUCAGUCUUAUUCAGGAGCUAUUGGGACAUUCUUGCAUUGUGUAGCAGAAGCGUUGUUUGAAGAGGGCUCAGACACGGUGCUUUUGGUUUGGCAGAAGUCACAGCCACAGAUCCCAGCGUGGUUUUGGAGCAGGUAGUUGUGUCAUAGCCUCGUCGCAUUGCAUAAAUGGAACUGCCUCUUCCGAGUACGUAGCGUCACUCUUUAAUUCCUUCUGUUUCACCAGGUGCGUUGCUCUGCACUCCUACACACCUCACAGUCCAGACGAACUAGAGUUGCAAAAAGGAGAAGGUAUCCGUGUUUUGGGAAAAUACCAUGAAGGCUGGCUAAAAGGAAUGUCGCUGGUUACAGGAAAGGUUGGAAUCUUCCCCAGCAAUUACGUCACUCCACUUUUCAGGUUUGGCUUAUGCUUUUUAUAUAUGGACAAUGGGGGUAGAGGGAGAUAUGUGAGUACAGUGGUACCUCGGGUUACAGGCGCUUCAGGUUACAGACUCCGCUAACCCAGAAAUAGUACCUCAGGUUAAGAACUUUGUUUCAGGAUGAGAACAGAAAUCGUGCUCCGGCGGCACAGAGGCAGCGGGAGGCCCAUUAGCUAAAGUGGUACCUCAGGUUAAGAACAGUUGCAGGUUAAGAACAGACCUCCCGAACGAAUUAAGUUCUUAACCCGAGGUACCACUGUAACACCAAAAAAAGUGUCAAUGUGGACUUCUGCAGCCCAAAUUGAAUUUUAUUUGGCUCAGCAUGACUGGAUAAUGACAGGAAUGGGGCUGUAGGUCUGCCCACACGCAUUUUAGAAACUCUAAAGUACAAAAAUUCUAAACAAAAUUCUAAAUUUAUUAUAACAAUUAGUUAAUCGACCUAGCACAAAACAGCUUUGUAGUGGCUCAGCAAUGAAUCAAAGCUAUGGCUAAUUUUGUGUUUCUGGUAAGAUAACACAGCUAAAGCCCAGAGAACAGAAUGAGAUGUUCAUCCAAGAGUUGGUAUGAAUCGUCAGUGACACUUUAUGGCACAAUACACCUUAUUUCAUCUGUUUUGCAAGUAAUCAUAUGAACUGCAUGGGAGUUUUACCUAUGUCUGAAAGAUGAAAUCAUGGUUAUUCCUAGCAUUACUGUUAUUGCCAGCAUCCACUGAAUCUGUAAGAGCUGCCAUAUUGGCUAUACAAACUGACCCACAGCGCAGAUUUCUUCCUUUACAUUUGAAGUUGACUUUUUUACAACGCAGCGUAUUCAUUGGUCCAUCCAGGCAGGGGCACCAACUAUAGGGGGCUCUGGGUGCCACCAGAAGUCAGGUUCUAAGGCUGGGGGGCACAAGUGGCAUCAUGACAUCACACGCACUGGGCUCCCAUAACCCGGGGCCCAAGUCGGCUCCCCUGCAUCCAGGGGAUAUUUCAGAUGAGUCAUCAGGAAGCUAAAAAUAUAUACCAUUGUGUUUAUACUAAUGAGAACUCACUUUUAUAUUCAAUAUGAAAGAAUUCUCCAACAGUUAGCACGGAAGGAAGCCAAAUAGGAAAAUGGUUAAAGCCAUAAAAUCAACCAGCAAGUAAUGAGGAAUGGGAUGAGCAGCUCCCAGUCACUGUGCCUCUUUCUAGAACAUCUCCUGGAGGCCAUGGUCGCUUCAUGAAACUGACCAACCACUUCAUGAAACUGAGGGGGUUUUUUAUAUUAAAAAAAAUUGGGCUCACAAAACUUUUUAGCUCAGUCAACUAAUGUAACAAAACGUGACUGGCACUGGGCACCACACUGCGGAGGCCGGCACUUAGCGCAGGGCCUACAGCGUGCCCGAGCCACGCGUUUCUCAUGGGAGUGACAUGGUGGCUUGGGCACCAGCAGGCUCGACGCUGCCUGAACCGGCAGCAUGGGGCUUGCGUCUGCCCACUGCCUCUCCCUCAGCGGCCCUACAGCUGAGGGGGAGGUAGCAGUGAGGCUCCACAGUGUGCCCCGCCCCCAUGGGCAGCUUGCCCCACCCCCGGCUGCAGGACGCGCGCGCCGCACCAGGCACCCGAAUGGCUAGCUACACCGCUGCCAACCGGAGGUUCAGGUUAGACAAAGCAUGAAUGUUUCACAUGCCAUGUGUCAAUGAACACUAAUGCACAUAAGCUUUAAAAUAGUGUUGGAUAAAAAUUUGUGGAAGAUGGAUGUCAUAUCUUUAUAGUUGUAGUCUCUUUCCAGUCUGUCCUUCAGAUGUUGGUCCAUAGAGGCUCCCAGAAGAAAGAAUGAGAGGAAGGGGCAAGUGGAGAUAAUAAAAAAUAGAGGGAAAAGAGGAAGGAGUCAGAAAAUGUGAAAAAGCAAAGGGUGAAUUAAGAUGCAGCUUGUUUGUGUCCUCCUGCAUCCUCCUUACCAGCACAUAGCUAUUAAUCAUGAUACCUAUCCAAACUGAGCCUCCAUGUUCUGAGGAAGUUUAUAUUUGGAUAGUGAAGUUACCUUUGAAGUUCAUUGCCAUUACUGCUUAAUUACCACUGACGGAAGCACUCGUCUUCUUGUCACCAGAAACAAAUUAGCAAAACAUUUAUCUAAACAAUGUUGAUUGAGUCAGAUAGAAUAAGAAAUGAUGAUAGAGAUACCAUGACUUAGACCAGCCUUCUCCAACUUGGUGCCCACCAGAAGUUUAGGACUACCACUGGCUGUGGCUGAUAGGGGUUGGAGUACCAAACUUCUGGAGGGCACCAGGCUGAGUUAGACUAUAGAAAUGCCGGCCGUAAGAAAUAACAUUGUUGCUUAAAGAGGGCAGACAAUUCCAUGAUGUCAUUAUUUAGGAAUGGCUCCUCUUCAGCAGGUUGGACUCCUGACAAAUUAAUUGUGGAUUGUUCUUGCUUCCAGCAGCACCUAUUACAAAUAGAUACUGAUAGAUUGAUGACAGUGCAGGCAGAAUAUGUGCAAAGAUGAACAACUCCCCAGAUCGACUAACUCCAUUUUCCUAUGUAAUCAGAACAAACCAGCAUGGCUCUCUCUCACACACACCAAACUGUUAUGGUAGGAGUCAACUAAGUUUUACUCAGAGGAGAUCCAAUGAAAUGAGUGAAUAUGACUCAGCCAGAUCAUUAUGCUCAAUAGGCCUACACUGAGUACCUCCCUUACUCUGAAGUGAGAGAGCAGAAGAGGUGAAUGCCAUCGUAAAAGUGAGUUGUUGAAGUUACUCCAAGGAAGUAGAUGACAUGUAGAAAUCUGGUCAAAUGCAGGCUGGGAAUCAAGUUAGAAAAGUGCAAUUUUAAUGGAGAAUAUUGAUGUGUGUGUGUGUUUUAAAAAAGUAUUCGGGGGGGGGGAUUAUAUACUGAGUUAAAAUCCACAGUGGACUUUAGCCUGCUCCUGCUGUGGUUCACCUUACAAGUCUCAUCCAGUCUUUGAAAGAUUUCCUCUUCAUAAUAAAGGCAGUUCUGUCUGAAAUCACUAGAAACUGCUAAAUGCAGUACAAUUUCCUACCUGUUUGAGGGUCAGUCAAGUAAGACGAGGGGAGUUGUCAUUUCAUUAUUUUUUGUUGUUUUAUUAUGGAGUUCUUCAUUGUUUAAAUGUUAUUUGUUGGACUUGUUUUCAUAGAGCCUGUAAUUUUUGUAUAAUGUUUUCAUUAUCCUGUAUAUUAUUAUUAGUAGUAUUUUAUGUCAUUAUUGCCCUGCUCCAAGACUGAAACAUAAAAAGCAGGUGACAAAACAAAGCAAAACAUUUAUUUUUUCCAUGCAUAUUUAAAAAACAAACAGUAAUUUCUAUUGCUACAAGUCAGGUUUCGUUGUUCAGGUUUUCAAGAGCCUAGUUAGGAGAAUGCAGGAAUCUUUGGGUAUGUUCCCCACUCCAUGCCUCUCGUCCCCCUAGAAACUGAUGUUUACCUGUAGCCUGUAAGGCAUAUUCUGCAACUGAUCUUCCCAGCACCUUAGCUGAAGUUUGGAAUCCCUUCUCUCUUUGUGGACUUACAGUGGUGACAUAGGUUACUUGUAUCUUUAUGGUGAAUAGACUCUUCAGAGCAAGCCUGUCGGUUAUCUUGUCAGUUAGAGGAGGUUCAGUUCAGUUGAUUGAGGUUGCACCUAUAUGGGUGUUUUGCUUGUUAAUGAAAUACCUGUUCCGAAUAAUUACAGUGGUACCUCGGGUUACAUACGAUUCAGGUUACAUACGCUUCAGGUUACAGACUCCGCUAACCCAGAAAUAGUGCUUCAGGUUAAGAACUUUGCUUCAGGAUGAGAACAGAAAUCGUGCUCCGGCGGCGCAGUGGCAGCAGGAGGCCCCAUUAGCUAAAGUGGUGCUUCAGGUUAAGAACAGUUUCAGGUUAAGAACGGACCUCCAGAACGAAUUAAGUACUUAACCCAAGGUACCACUGUACAUUGAAUCUGGAACUUCAUACUGCUGCUGCUGCUGCUGCUACUACUACUAAUAAUAAUAAUAAUAAUAAUGAAGCCACAGUUCUACAAUGCAAUGGGUAAUGCAAUGUGAAAGGAACGUUAUUCUCCAGGACAGAAGCACUAGGUGGAAAGGGUGCUUGGUAGUUACAAGACAAGGAGGUCACCAUGGUAGAGGUCUGCGUGCAAGGAGGGAGGGUUGCACAAAAGGAGAGGCAAGGAGACAUGGGGCUGAAGGUGAAAACAGGGAUGCAAAGUGGAGGUGCAGAAUAGAAGCGGCUUCGGAAAUGGGGUUGGGAAGGUGAGAAGGGAGCUUUAUCGCUGCAUGAGAUGGGAAGGGAAUGCUCUAGGGGGUUAAUGUAGGGGAACAGCAGGAAGGGUGGGUGAGAAGUGCAAGUAAACAUAAAUGCAGGGUUUCACAAUGGUGAAAAACGUAUGAUAGGGCUGCCAUACAUCCAGAAUUCCCAGGACAUAGCCUGGAUUCGUCUUUCCAAAAUGGUGUCUAGGCAGAAUUUUCAAAUUUGGUUAAAAUGUCUGGGAGGGGGUGGUAAUCUUAACAGCUUUUGUGUCUGGAUUUUCACUUUUUGAAAUAUGGCAAACCUACAUAAGGAGAUCUGUAGCUUCACAGAACAAAAGAAAACAAAAGCUCUAUGGACUUACUUGGGGCCUUGUCAUAUUUUGUGCCUGACAAAAUGGGCAAUAGAAACAAACGAAAGGAAAGGAAGGACAAGCCGAGUCAUUUGGCCAGUGCAUCUCAGGCCAUAAUCCUAUAUUCACUUGCCUAGGAGUAAAUCCCUUUGAACUCAGUGGAAAUUAUGGCUGAGUAGACGUGUAGGAUUGCACUGUCAACCAUGAUGCUGAAUACAGAGUUAGUUCAGAUGGGUCUCAACUCUUUCCACAUCUUGCUUUAAGUUCAAGAAAACUAUUUGUCUUUCUUAGGCACAGUGUAGCUUAAGUUGAUUGUGAUCAUCUCAACCGCAAACGUAAAAACUGAGCAACCCAAUAUGAAGUACAGGAAAACUGAAUGAAAAAUGCCAAGUUUUAGUCUUUUGUCAGAGAUAUGGAAUGCCCUAAUAGAAACCUAACUAUCCAUGUUAUUGCUUUUACUGAGGACACGCUUUUACUCAUUUCUUCCCCUGCUUAUAUUUCACCACAUGAAAUUGCUCUGUUUAAAUUGGAGACACCACAGCUACUUUGGGCCUAGAAUUAUCCCUUCUGCUAUCCACUAAACUCCUUCACAUUGAAAUGAGCCUGUGAGUAUUCUUCAUCUCUCUGGCUCAUUUCUCCAGGAUAUGGCCUCUGAAAACACCAUGGCCCUGCUUCACCGAUAAAACCAAACAAACAAUCAAAAGCAGAGCCCAGAGACUUCGGAAGCAGCUUCAUAAAGUGCCUCCAUCAUGAACACCAAUUUAAAGGCCUGCUAUUGUGUGUCUUCCUUUGGAAAUCACCUCAUAAUAAAUGGAUGCCUGGGUUAUUUUGAUGAAUCGCUGCCCCAUUAUUAAAUCAUAAAUCAUUUUUUUCCAGAGCACAGAACAACGACGGGAAGGUAACAAAGGAGUGACAGAAGUUGCUGCCUUUCCCCCAGCCGGCCCCUCUCUCAGAAGAGUUGGCACAAACACUUCUCCAUGGCUCAGUUUCUCCUGAGCAAAUUAGGAGCACUUAGGAAGGUUAUUUAAGCACCCAGCUCAAGGUGGAAGAUUGAUGGCCUUCUCAGCAAUUUAACAGAUUUAGGUGAAAGUGCUAUGUGGCCUCGUCAGGGAAAGCAGAUGCAGAAAGAAAUAAUCAGAAGUGACAGCAACACACUUUGGGGAAGGGGGGGGGACAUUGCUUGAGAAAUGGAACCACAAGUUGCAAAGAGCACAAAACCUCCCUCAGAUAUUUCCUUCAGGAUCGCUGCCCUUCUUGGUGCUUCAUCAAUCGGUCCAUCUGAAUUUAACUCAGGCAGUUAAGGAGAAUUGGGAGAUCACAGCCCGUCAUUUUUUGCCUAUUAAGCAGCACAGGUUGUUGUUUUUCACCACCAUAAACUGUGAACAGCAAAACAGAAAAGCAGCAGUUUAUAAAAUGAAGCAAGAUAAUUUCACCACGGCUAAUUUGAUCUUUAGUGGUGCGCUGGUCUCUUCCCUGAGAAAAAGAUUAGAGUAGCUUGAAUCCACCAAGAGCUCACAUUUUAUAUCUGCUUCCCUGCUGUCUUAAAUUUUGAUAGACAAAAUAAAUCCUGCAGCUGCUCUCCUGCUCACCCCUCUAUGCAAACUAGAAAAGAUGAAAUUAACUCUUGAUACGUUUGCACAUACUUAUUACCUUCACUGCUUUCUCCCAACUCCUCAUUUUUUUACUUCAAAGUUAUUUACUUUGCUCUCUGAAACAUUAGUGCACAAAAAUGUCCAUUAUUUGGUCACCCCGCCACCUACCCAUUUUUUACUGUUGGCUAAAUACCUGCCAACAUCAGAAACAGCAAUGGGGGAGACUGUCACCUCCACCUGUUGUGCCACCAUCGCCCCAUACCUGCAAUCCAGUAACCUUUUUUUUUUACAUGUACAAUUAUGAAAAAGGACACUGUACACAACCACAGAUUGUAAACAUUUGUGCACAUUACAGCCGUCUCAAGGGCAAAAAACAUUUGGGUGUGGGCUCCUCCAAACAACCUGUUCUUUGAGCGUUCAUCCUUGCACAAAGCUUUUAUGGAGGUUAGGGCAUGUCUGGUCUUUAUUGAGCAUUUGUUCUGAUUUGUUUUGGGGAGGCUAUACGACAGUGAGCAUUCAUCCUGAUUUGCUUGUGUCUUCCCGUUAAUCAUUCGUCCGUUCCACACUUUUCAGUGCAUUUCCCCAUCACUUUCCUAACCACUAAAAGUCAAUUUUUUAAAGGACUUUGCACUACGGCAACAAAGCAGAUUAAUCUGCUCCAACUGCCAUAACUUAAAUUUUCAGAGUGCGUGUUUGAGUCCCUCUCUCAAAAUACUAACAGGCUAGAGGCAACCUCAGGCAGUAUGUUAUCAGCUAACAAUGAAAGAUCACCCUUUUCCGAGGAUUUAUUCUUAGCACUAGCAUGCAAGCACCAGGAGGUUUCUUGUACACAUUCAAAUUUUCUCACACCACAGAAACAUUUGUGCUGCAGAUUUGAACCAGAGUAAUAAGUAAUUGUGAGGUAUAGUCUUUAACAUUCUGAAAUGUAAUGAAAAUGCCCAUUAGUUAUGUGCCAUAUUGCAUGGUCUAUAUCAUUAAAAGAUGGUGUGGUGAUGAUGAUGAUUUUGCUGUUGUUGUUUUGUCGGAACAUAGCCUCUGUCAUUAAUAUAAUUAUUGUGAAAUUCCUGCACAGCAGCGGGGGCGGGGGGGAGAGAAUUCUGGAGAAAGAUUAAAGUGGAAGGAUAUUUCAGAAUGUACAAAUGCUUGCUGAUUGGAUUUCCUACUUUGCCCUUCUUUUUCUAACUAGGUAACAAAACUCCUGGAUUUGAAUUGUGCAGCUGCAUUUGCUCCCUAAUUAUCUGUUUCUUUCUCUCUCUCUCUCCCUCCCUCCCAUUUGACUCUCCUAAACAACCAGGAAGUCCUCAAGCUUCCCUGAUUCAAGGAUGCCUUCCCUCUAUGCGACUUGGACAUUAUCCACUUCCUCACUUUCCUCCCAGGGAAGCAUCUCAGAGAAUGGCCCAAGGCAAAGCAGACCUAUGAAAUCUGCCUUCAUGCCCGCAUCUUUGGCCUCACCUGUGAGGAAUGUCUCUGUGCCAAGCACCUCAGGGCACACAACUCCGCAGAGGAGAGGACGUGGCAGCAGUAGGAAGAGUAAGUCCUGGUGAGAGAGAGACAUAUGAACCUGUUCCCAAGUGGCUGAGAGAUGACUAGAAGCCUUUAAUUAGCACAUUGAAACUUGGGGCUGAUGCAAUAAACAGAAAUGCUAGGCUAAGCCUCCUGAAGAGCUGGUUGCAUGCAUACGGCUGAGCUGAAAGCUUGCCUUGCCAAAGGCAUGGAUAUACUAGCCAGAACUAGAGACAAAUCCCAAAAUGUGUGGCAGAAUUAAUCGUUCAUGCACUACCCUGAGAUAGCCAAAUCUGUUUCACUAUUUACUAACCAGAGAAAUGCAAGCUUCUUAACUGCUUCUUCUUCUUCUUAUUCUUAUUAUUCUUAUUAUUCUUAUUCUUAUUCUUAUAUUUAUUAUUUAUACCCUGCCCAUCUGACUUGGUUUCCCCAGCCACUCUGGGCAGCUUACAACACAUAAAAAAUUGUAAAACAACAGUCAUUUAAAAUUUCCUGAUACAGAGCUAAAUCUCUGUGUAUCUCAUUGGAUAUUUGGGGUCUUUGUUUACUUUUUCCCAUUAAGAAAAACUGAGAUUGCAGGGGUAAAGUAGAAGUGUUGGCAGCAAAUUUACAAAUAUGUAGUUGUAAUAAAGAACUUUGCUUCAGGAUAAGAACAGAAAUCGUGCUCCAGCGGCGUGGCAGAAGCGGGAGGCCCCAUUAGCAAAAGUGGUGCUUCAGGUUAAGAACAAUUUCAGGUUAAGAACAGACAUUCAAAACGAAUUAAGUACUUAACCUGAGGUACCACUGUAUUAUUAUUAUCAUUGCAUGUGGUGCUUUAAAGAGUAAUAGAGUUGUGCACUUGUUUCAGAACAAAUGAGAGCCCAUUCAGUUCACUUUCCCUUUGUUCCAAAAUGAAUACACAGAGGAAUGGAAGGAAUUUGGGACUCCCAUUUGUAUUCAUACCUAGUUGUAUGAAUAUUCAGUGGGAUGUGUGGCCAGGUCUUGCGUAUAUGUCUCCAGCAGUGUCAGCAGUGCUAGCAGCUGCUUUGUUAUUUACCCACAAUGCCCUGGGUGUCAUGAAUGUGGGCAUUUGAGAGGAGUAGUGGCCACGAUUAUGGGGAAUCUUUCUGUAUGUGUUUCCUUAACAGGGCUCUGCAGAACACUACAAGGUGUGGUGCAUUGUGAAUCAAUAAAGUGGCAGAUGAUGAGAACAGUCACUGAAAACAGAUCGCCUGCCUAAAACCAAUUUAAAAAAAUAAAGGAAAUAAUGCCACCAUGAAACAAGGGCAGGGAAGCCAAUGUGAAAUCUACAAGUGGAUUUCUAUGAAUUGAUUAUGAAAUAAAUGGCGUCUUUAAUAAUGAAAACAAAUUGAAAAAAUGGGGUGGGGAAGAUGACAAAGAGUUCACGUUCAUUCGUACAGAUUGACAUAGGUUAAAAGCCAUGUCCAUGGGGAAAAACAUGAAGGGGGUGGAUGUGAACAAAUAUAUAAGACACAUAUUUGGGCUUAUAUUUUAACCAGAGUCUGAAGGAAGGGUUUAAAUCCAAGGCUUCAACAAAAUGCACAGGAGGUAUAGCUCCCUUGCAAUUUUCUGUCUACCCUUAAAACUUGGAGUGACUUCCAACAAGCCUGAAGACUAAAAUUCAGCUAAGUACUGCAAUUCAGCAAUUUUGGCCCAUCCUUUUGAUAUAAAAUUUCCAAAAUGAGCUGCAAAGGGGUUAUUAUCAUCUUUUAAUCCUCAUCUCUUCUUGAAUUCUGCCUCCCCAGAUGGAUCUUUACAGAAACCUUUGCAACCAGGAGCUCUUAUUCCAUUUGUCAACUCCCUCAGGCGAACUCCUGCCACCCAAACACGAGUGCAGCAAUCUCCAACAUAUCAACAUAUCUCCUCUCUGCCCCGAGGGAUUAGCGCGGCUGACACGGGAGCCAGGCCGAAUUCCUCCCAUGAUUCUUCAUUCAUAUUAGUGCCCCGAAGCCUGAAUAGCCGAGCUCCUUCUGUGUGUAGCUCAGUAAUAUUGGACACCAAGGAAUUGCCUACAAAAAAUGAAUCAUCUCUAAAGCCACCUGCAUCUGCUCCACCGUCCAUUCUGGUGAAGCCAGACACAUCCAGGAACACCACUGAGAAGGUAACAGUGGGUCUAAUUCACCACAGGGGUACUUUUAUAUUGCAGGCAUGAUUAUGAAAAGCUUUGGGGUGCAGGUGGAGAUAUGGGAUAUUAGAACUGCAGGACAGGACAAAUCCUAGUCAAAGUACCAUUACCUGGUAGGGUAGGUGGAGAAGGUCUUCACCGAAGAACUCAACAUUACAAUGUAAUGAUUACAUUGACUUUUUUUGUUGACAGAACAGGACUAAGAUUCUAUAUCCUGCUCCUGUACGUGUCAUUCAUGAUUUCUCAAGGAGCUUGUCCCUAUUGUGAGAGCAUACUCCCCAUUAUGUUAGUUUCUCAUUAGCCCAACAUCACCAUAAAUUCAACAUUCAGUGCUCACUCGCUCUCUCGCUCUCAACCUGCCAAGAUAUUCAUUCACUUCCCUCUGCAGUCUGCUGGCAAAGAUCAUCCAUGUUGUGGUGGGUUUGUGGAUUGAAAUGAAAAGAUAGAAACUGUGGACAUGAUUUAUCAUUGCCACAGGAAGUCUAAUUGCUGAAUAUGUGGUAAAGUUCUUCUAUUUCCUGAAGAUUGGGUUUUUGGGAUACAUUGUCUCAGACACCCAGGCCAAAAGGAAAUAGAAGACGCAAGGUGUAAAGAUAGAUAAUAUAAAAGCAAAAUAAUAAAUAAUCACUAAGCAUCUACAUAGCAUUUGUGAGGAAUCAAAGAAUUUCACAUACAUUUCCCCACUCUGUUCCUUACAAGAACCCUGUAACAUAGAGUUGUCUCCAUGAUAAAAAAUAAAUAAAUGAUGACUUCCUUAAAUGCACCUAGUGAGUUGAUGAUUUCUGAAUCAGGAACUUUCUGAUGCACAGAUCACCCACUACCAAGACGAAAUAUGUAUUUGUGCUGACUCUUAGUACUUUUUGGAGUGGAGUGGACCAGUAAGCAAGUAGUCGAGGAAACUUCUGCAUCUCUCAAAACUCUAAGCUUAUAUGUUACUCGGUUUUACACCAAAUGACACUCUAAAAUCCACUCGGCUGUAAAAUGGGUAGGUGAUCUAUUGGGAUUCCGAGGAAGGCAAAGGUGACUGGAAACAGUGCUGACUAUAUUAGCUGACACAUAUAAUGUACUUUUCAGAAAUAGAAAUAUGUCCUCCUCUAUUUGUUGUUGUUUAGUCGUCUUAGUCGUGUUCGACUCUCCAACUUUCUAAUGUUUAGCUGAAGAAAGUGUAAAACUGGUUGUAAAAGAAAAUGUAAAAGUUCUUUGUUUGUCAUGUCCCCAGACAGCAAAGACAAUGCUGGUGACAGCCUUGUUGGAAUGAAAUAACUCCUGAUUUCUCUUCCCUUUCAGCAAGUGAAAACUGUGAGAUUUCAGAAUUCCAGCCCACCACCAUCCAAGAGGCACAGCUCUCUACCUUUACCGACCCUCUCCAAUGAGCAAGGAGGGGUCACAGAAGCACCCAAGAGCCCUGAGAUAUCAGCUCUCUACUCCCACCAUAUUAUCAUCGCUAGUCCAGUUUCUCAGAGGAGGAUGCCGCAUCCCAAGACCUCAUCACUGGACCUUUCUGGCCAAGCAGGCCCCCUGACCUUUCCUACAAAAAAACAUUAUAAUAGUAUCUCUGAAAAUUGAGACGGGUAAACAUAGUUUAGAUUGCUUACAGAGGAGAAUGACAACAAAUGUCCAAAGUGAAGCUAACAGCCACCCCAUACGCCAUAGAUCUCAGAUCCAAUCUGUCAACACAAAUGUAAGUCUCGUAGAAGAGCUGGACUUCUUUCAGGCAUCUGCACCACUGCUGGCUAUGUAGUGGAUUGGAUGCCAUUCCCCCCCCCCCCCCAUAUUGGACAGAAGCGUCUUUUUUGAGUGGCUUUGAUCUACAACUCAAGCUGCAAGCGUGCAUCAGGGAUGUGUCGUUCCCCAUAUGCAAAGACUACCACAAAAUUAAUUCCAUUGCCACAAGUAGAUAAAAAUAUGACAGAGAGGGGAAUAGAUUGUGAUUAUGGCAGGCUAUUCAAAAGACAAACUGUUCUAAGAAAGGUUCAGCACUGUACAAUGCAAUCAGAAAAGCAAACCUGUCAGAAAAAGACUUCUUCCCUAUACCUUCCUUUACCUUCUCUGUACUUUGGUUUUCUUAAUUUUAUAGUGGAUGAAACCGCUUCCUAUCUCCACCCACCCCCAGCUCUGGCUCAGUUAUCAAAUUCUCCUUAUAUUUUGUUUAGCUUCGCAGUAUGCAUUUAAAGUAUGUGGAGAUAAUUUAUAUGAGGUUUUGAAGCAGAUUUUCUUUUUCUUUUUUUAGAAAUAUAAAAUGUUUCCCAGCCUCACCAGUAGUAAAUCAAGGGAGAUAAUGAAACACAACCCAUUAACUACAUAUUCCCAACCAUGAAUUUUGGAUCCUGCUUCCAUGGAAAUGGCUGAAGGAUUAUCGUGUGCAUUGCACCAAGCAAACCUAGUAACCCUAUGAUUCAAAACCAAAACUAAUUCCAAGUUAUCAAAAACAAACAAAAAAAAUUCACAAAUAUGCUUUAAGAUAUGAGAAACUCAUCCUGAAAACCUAGGGAGGAAGGUGCAUGGUUUAAGACUGAAAUCCUACCCACAGUUACUUGGGACAAAGCCUCGUUAGAAGCAAUGGGAUUUACAUGUGAGUAAACUAGCAUAAGAGCAGGUUACACAUGUGAGCAUCCCAUCUUGUCACAUGUAAGCAUUACAGUUGACCUGGAAGUGGACUAGGAGUGGAGGACAACUUCAUUUGGUUCACAUUUAAAACUAAACCUAAUUUGCACCUACCAAACUAACACAGAGAUCAGAACAUAUUCUUAGGAUUCUCAACUCAAAUAUAUAUAUACAGAAAAGAUUUUUUAAAACAUACGGUUUAUUAGAAAUUCAUACGUAGAAAGAAAUUAAGUAUUCAAGUAUGUAUACGUAUUUCCAGUGCUUUUUUUCUUUAAAAAAUGUUUAGGGGUACUCUCAUUUUGACUCAAGAAAAUCACCAUUUUGUAGUUCAAAUCAGGAAAAAUAAAUAGAGUAAAUGAACAAAAGUACAAAGAUCCACAAAAUGUUUAGGAGUAUGUGUACCCCUGCAUGCCCCCAGAAAAAGCACUGCAUAUUUCAAUACAUACUUAAAUAUUUAUUUAAAUACAAGUUCUUGUACAAUCUUUUUUUAUAUAAAAAGAAAUCAGAUUGUUGCAAAAUGGAACAGAAGGGACUUAUGAAUGAACACAUUUGAAAUUGACAUGGAUUGACCCAUCCACCCCAUUGUCCAUCCAGCUUCCACCCAGGUCCUCCUGGUCUGUAGCCACUCCUCUGCCUGCCUCCAUCUUUAUCCACAGGCAGCAGCAUGAUGCUACUGGAAGACCAGCCAGUUCCACCCCGCAGAAGGCCCUUCUUUUCCUCAGGCUCACCCGCUUACCUUAUCAGCAGGUCUCACACACACAGUGCUUGCUUACUCCCAGCCUCUCUCGAUCUCACUGGCUAGCUAGCCUCAGCAAUAAGGCAGAAUCAGAAACGCCAUGUCAUUUUAACCCAGCUACGACUGAUGUUUAGAAUAGAGCUCUGUGAUAGAACGUUGUUUAUUUUUCUUCCCACUGCUAGUUCAAAAGCCACGCAUUCCGGCCCAAAGCAAGGGAGCAUGAGAUUUUGUGAUGGAACCUGCUGUGUCAUUUCAAUAAAAGGUUGGGAACUUA